GUGCUCCUUCAGCUGCGCACUAUCCGCUAACUAUUCGCAAUCGACCGACGUCUUGGUGAUUGGACUUGGGUUAUAAUGACUUGACUUCUGCUAAAUGAACCCGUGGACUAGUAUAAGUUUUUCGCAGUGGCGUAUUUAUUUCUUAUUAGGCGAACGCCGUUACGACGUUUGUAUAAGGACCAGUAGCGUCGAGUGACAGUUUUUUUGUGCGUGUGCUGCGGGUGCGGCGCGAUGGAGAAGCAGUCGAGGUGGUCGGAGCAGCGCUCGGAGCAGCGGUCGGAGCGCUCCGAGCGGCGCGAGCAGAUCGUGCAGCAGCAGGAGCGCGUGCAGCGCACGGAGCACCACUACACCCGCCAGAUGCUCACACAACAACAAGUGGAGAGCACUGCUGGGGAUCGUUUGCCCAUCACAAUGGGGAGACCCGGUGAUCCCUCACCGCCUAUCUUCGAACAGAUAUUUAAGAACGCCAGAUUCGCGCAAGGCGGUAAUGCCAAAUUCGAAGGAAAACUAAGAGGAAACCCAACACCUGUAGUAUCGUGGACAAGAAAGAAAGCACCACUUGUAGAAUGCAAUAAGUACAGUAUGAGUUACAAUGAGCAAACCGGAGAUGUGUCGUUGUUGAUUAAACAGAUAGGACCUGGCGAUGAAGGUGAAUACACGUGUACAGCCCGUAACCAGUACGGAGAAGCGAUUUGCUCAGUGUACAUACAACCUGAGGGAGUGCCCGUACCGGCGCAUCAGGCGUCACAGCAACAGAGCUACCGACACGUCAGUGAGAGUGUAGAACAUAAAUCUUACGGUACACAGGGUUAUAGUACAGAGCAGUCCCGACAAACACAAAAAAUUGCCUACACUAAUGGCAAUGAUUGUUCUUCUUCUGAGGAUUUCAAAGUAGAUACUUUUGAAUACAGACUCCUCCGGGAAGUAUCCUUUAGAGAAUCUAUCACAAAGAGAUAUAUUGGUGAGACUGACAUUCAAGUAAGCACAGAAAUCGAUAGGUCUCUUGGAGCCCUAGCUCCACCGAAGAUUGCACAAAAACCCAGAAACUCUAAACUCUCGGAGGGUGCUGAUGCACAGUUCCAGGUGCAGUUAUCGGGUAACCCUAGGCCGCGGGUAACAUGGUUCAAAAAUGGGCAGAGGAUAGUCAAUUCGAAUAAACACGAAAUCUUAACGACUCAUAAUCAAACGACACUUAGGGUAAGAAAUACACAAAAGUCUGAUUCCGGCCAUUAUACACUUUUAGCAGAGAACCCUAAUGGGUGCAUUGUAACUUCUGCGUAUCUUGCUGUUGAAUCACCUCAAGAAACAUAUAUACAAGAUAAAUCACAAUAUGUCAUAGACUCACAACAAACCGGCAUUGAGGAACGAGUAGAAAUCACAGAAAAAGCUCUCGCUCCGCAAUUCGUAAGAGUUUGCCAAGAUCGCGAUGUCACGGAGGGCAAAAUGACGCGAUUCGAUUGCCGCGUCACGGGCAGACCUUACCCAGAAGUCACGUGGUUCAUUAACGAUAGACAAAUUCGAGACGAUUAUAAUCAUAAGAUUUUAGUAAACGAAUCUGGUAAUCAUGCACUUAUGAUUACAAACGUCGAACUUAGAGAUAGUGGUGUGGUAACGUGUGUCGCCCGUAAUAAGAGUGGAGAAACUUCGUUCCAGUGUAGACUGAACGUUAUCGAAAAGGAACAAGUAGUAGCACCUAAAUUCAUCGAGCGUUUCAGCACAUUGAGCGUUCGUGAAGGAGAACCAGUGUCACUGAACGCACGAGCAGUGGGUACACCGACACCACGCAUCACAUGGCAGAAGGACGGCGUUCAGAUUAUACCCAAUCCCGAGUUACGAAUUAAUACCGAUGGUGGGGCCUCGACGUUGGACAUUUCGCGAGCCAAGGCGUCGGAUGCGGCAUGGUACCAGUGCACCGCCCAGAACGUCGCAGGUUCCACCGCUACUCGGGCUAGGCUCUAUGUAGAAGUACCAAAAGAGCCUCCGCCCGAGCAAAAACGUCUGCACUUACCUCGGCCUACAAAGAUCAUUGAACCAGAGCCUGCUCCUGGUCCAGAAAUUAUAUAUUUAAGGCACGUGGAAAGAGCAAGACCGUACGUUCCUCCAGGAGAGGAAGACCGAGUUUAUCCUCCACCACAGUUUAUUGUGCCAUUGAAGAGUAUAACGCAGAUGGAGGGUGGCAAAAUACACUUUGAAACGAGGAUAGAACCGGUUGGCGAUCCAACGAUGAAGAUAGAAUGGUUAAGAAAUGGUCAAAGUAUAGAAGCAAGUUCUAGGUUUACGUCAAUAUUCCGUUUUGGUUACAUAUCACUUGACAUGCUCAGUCUUAAUAUUCAAGAUAGUGGAGAAUAUACAUGUAGAGCUGUGAGUGCGACAGGAGUGGCAGAGACGAAAGCAGUAUUACAAGUAACUCCUAGAGCUACUAUCGAGAGGACAAGUCAACAUCCAGAAAGUUUGCAGUACAUUCAGCAGUUAGAAGACUACUCAAGGUAUCAACACCAAGAAUCGACCGAGGAGCAGUCCAUGCAGCGACCACAAUUUAUUAGGCCGUUGCAAGAUUUAGGUGAACUUCAAGAAGGAAGGAAUGCUCACUUUGAAGCUCAAUUGACUCCAGUCAGUGACCCUACUAUGAGAGUGGAAUGGUAUAAAGAUGGUAGGCCAAUUACAGCCAGCUCGCGAAUCACGUCAAUCUUCAACUUCGGUUACGUCUCCCUUAACAUCUUGCACCUACGGGCUGAAGAUGCAGGUUCGUACACAGUGAGGGCUGUUAAUAAAUUAGGCGAGGCCAUCAGUACUGCUUCAAUCAGAGUUGCUGCUAGGAGUACUGUGACUGCUGAUCUAGGUAUACCAGAACAGCGAAGAUACAUUGAGAAGACUGAGCAACUAGAAGCUUAUCAACAACAACAACACCAAAAAUAUUAUCAGGAAACUCCUGAAAGUACACAGAGACCAGAAUUCAAAACUCCAAUAAGGGAUCAAAUUAAUAUUAAGGAAGGAGGUUUCGCCCACUUUGAGGCUCGUUUAGAGCCAGUUGGUGAUUCAACUUUAAGAGUAGAGUGGUUAAAAGAUGGACGUCCUGUGGAAGCUAGUUCCAGGAUCACCACGUUCUUUAACUUCGGUUACGUUGCGUUGACUAUAAAAUCUGUGACCGUACAUGAUGCAGGUCACUAUACUUGCAGAGCAUAUAAUGCACUUGGUCAGGCUACUACAAGUGCAAAUCUUUCAAUAGUGACUAAGAAAGAUAUUAUUGCUGAAUCACAACAUCCAGGUGGUUUAGAGAAAAUACAACAUCUGGAAGACUCCAGCAAAUACAUGAGACGAGCGGAGGAAGAGGUUAAAGUAACACAAAAACCUCGGUUUUUGGGACCUUUAAAAGGUACCAAUAAAAUUGUUGAAGGGCAAAGCGCUCACUUCGAAGCUAGAGUAGAGCCACAAAGUGAUUUAACAAUGUCAAUUGAAUGGUAUUUUAAUGGAAAAGUAAUUAAGACUGCUAACCGUAUUCAAACAUACCACGACUUUGGUUAUGUCGCAUUAGAUAUCUCCAGCGUACGAUCAGAAGAUACAGGUGUUUAUACAGUGGUCGCUCGUAAUGCCUCUGGAGAAGCUCAACUCAGUGCUUCAAUGACCGUCGAAACACGUUCGAGUAUCGAUACCUCAAGUAUUCAUCGUGGUUUAUAUGAGAAAACACGACAAAUGGAGGAAUCUAAAUUUGUGGAACCUAUGUACCAGAUUGAAGAGAUCUCAAAAUCGAAACCGGUUUUUGUUCAGCCUUUAUCGGAUCCGAAACCUGUAUCAGAAGGAAAGAAUAUUCAUCUUGAAUGUAGGUUGGAACCUAUGGGUGAUCCUACAAUGAGAGUAGAGUGGUUCCACAAUGGCAGAGCGAUUACCGUAGGAUCUAGGUUUAGAACUUACUACGAUUUCGGCUUUGUAGCGUUAGAUAUCAUUCAUGCAACAUCAGCCGACACCGGCGAAUACACAGUAAGAGCCGUAAACCAUCUAGGUUCAGCACAUACAUCGGCUAUGGUACGUGUUAUUGAACGUUCGGAUAUUUUGACAGAAACUCAAAAUGAGCAAGCUGUUGAGCAAAUUCAAAUGCUGGAAGAUGCUGCACGAAGGAGCAGACAAGUUCAGGAGGAUAUUACAGUCAUGCAAGCACCACAAUUCUCAAGAGCUUUACAUAAUAUUGAAACAGUCGAGGGAACCAAUGUUCAUUUAGAAUGCCGACUACAGCCUGUUGGAGACCCUACGAUGAGAAUUGAAUGGUUCUGCAAUGGUAGACCCGUUAAGACAGGUCACAGGUUUAGGCCGGCUUUUGAAUUUGACUACGUGGCACUUGAUUUAUUGAGUGUUUAUCCAGAAGACUCUGGAGUGUACACUUGCCAGGCUACGAAUCAACUAGGAGAAGCAGUAACAUCGUGCGCUCUACGUGUUAUUGCUAAGAAAGAUUUGAUUUUCGACUCGCAACAUCCAUCUGGGCUUGAGAAAAUUCAAUAUUUAGAAGAUGCAUCGCGUUAUAAAAAGUCGGAAGUAAUCGAUGAGUCAAUUAAUAUUAAACCACACUUUGUCACUAAGCCUAAGUCUAUUGACAAUGUUAUUGAGGGCAACCAUGUUCACUUUGAAUGUAAACUUGAACCUGUUACUGAUUCUAACCUGAAAGUAGAGUGGUUCAAAAAUGGUCAACCAGUCACAAUAGGCCAUAGGUUCCGACCAAUACAUGAUUUCGGAUACGUUGCACUAGACAUUAUUGACUUGAUUGCAGAAGAUUCAGGAAUUUACACUUGCCGAGCUGUAAACCUAGUAGGCACUGACGAAGUAAGCUGCAGAUUAAGUUGCAGAAGUACAGCUGACAUUGUAAGGGCAACACAAAAUGAAGCGGGAUUAGAACAAAUCCAUCAUUUGGAAGAUAGAUCCAAAUACCAGAGAUCUGACGUCAUCGAUGAAGUCACAACACAAGCACCAAUAUUUACCACUUCUUUGAAAAACAUUGAAAUCAAAGAAGGGCAAAGAGCUCAUUUUGAAUGUAGGCUCAUACCUGUUUCAGACCCAACGAUGAAAGUGGAAUGGUACCACAACAAUAAACCACUGAAGAGUGGCUCACGAUUCACAGAAACAAAUAAUUUUGGAUUUGUUGCUCUUGAUAUUAUGUCAUGCUUACCUGAAGAUUCUGGCACCUACACAUGCAGAGCUAUCAAUGCUCUCGGUGAAGCCGUCACAUCCGGUAUAGCUAUCGUACAUUCCAAGAAAUCUAUUUAUUUAGAGUCUCAGCAUGAAGGAGCUCUUACAAGGCUCAAUCAAUUAGAAGAUACAUCUAGAUAUCAAAGGCACAGUGCUCAGGAUGAAAUGAUCACUCAAGCGCCUGUCUUUACGAUGCCUAUGAAAGAUAUCAGGGUAGCAGAGAAUCAGGCUGCACACUUUGAAGCAAGGCUUAUUCCCGUAGGAGAUCCGAAGCUUCGAGUAGAAUGGUUACGAAAUGGCGUACCAAUUGAAGCUUCCAAUCGACUCACAACAAUGCACGAUUUCGGAUAUGUAGCUCUCAACAUGAAAUAUGUUAAUCCUGAAGAUUCUGGUACCUACACUUGCCGGGCUAUUAAUGAGCUAGGCGAAGCUGUAACAUCGUCUACGCUGUUUGUACAAUCAAAAGCAUCUCUUCAACUAGAGUCACAACACGAGAGUGCAUUAGAAAAGAUACAACAAUUGGAAGAUUCGUCCCGUUAUCAGCGCCGAGAAGAUGUUGAUGUUGCAGUAAAGCAAGCUCCUCGUUUUGUGACUCAACUAAAUGGUCCUUCAAGGCUUGUAGAAGGACAAAGCGCCCAUUACGAAUGUCGUAUUGAACCUUAUCCUGAUCCUAACAUGCGUGUGGAGUGGUACUUUAAUGGAAAGGUUUUACAAAGCGGCCAUCGCUACCGUACAGCAUACGACUUUGGAUUCGCAGCUCUAGAUAUUCUUACUGUCUAUGGAGAAGACUCCGGAGAAUAUACUUGCAAAGUCAUAAACAAUUUGGGACAGGCUACAUCGUCGAUAAAAUUAAAUGUUCAAUCCAAAGAAUCCAUAAUAAGGGAUACUCAACACGAAAGCGCUCUAGAAAAAAUACAAUACCUUGAAGAUGACAGCAGAUACAGGAAGGUAGUACGUGAUGAAAGCUUUAUUGCCGAGAAACCUCAAUUCGGAAAGCCUCUCAAAAACGCAGAGGUAGCCGAAGGAAAACCAGUACAUCUCGAAGCAACACUCACACCAGUGAACGACCCGACGAUGCGUGUCGAAUGGUACUGCAAUGGGCGGCCCAUUCAGCAAGGCCAUCGUUUCAAAACAACAUACGAUUUUGGUUAUGUAGCACUUGAUAUUCUUUAUGCGUAUGCUGAAGAUACUGGCACUUAUAUGUGUAAAGCAACUAACGCCGUGGGCGAGGCAGUUACUACAAGCUCAGUGAAAGUAAAUGCUAAAUCUGGGCUUUACCUGGAUACUCUGGAUGAACAAAGAUUAAGAAAGAUUCAAGAGCUGGAAAGAUACGAGAGACCGAAAACAGUUGAAGAAGAAAGGCCAGGACAAAGGCCUGUAUUCUUAACUGCACUAACCAGUUUAGAAAACUUAAAGGAGGGUGACCAUGCCCACUUUGAGUGUAGAGUUGAACCAAUUAACGACCCAGAUUUGAAAAUUGAAUGGUUCCACAACGGACAGAAACUUAAAACAGGUCAUAGAUACAGAACGACUCAUGACUUCGGUUAUGUUGCUUUGGAUAUUUUGUACUCCUACUCUGAAGACUCCGGAACGUACAUGUGUAAAGCUACGAACAAACUCGGAGAAGCUGUUAAUACAUGCACGUUGAAGGUUGCAGGGCAUAGGAGCAUCAUUCUCGAUACUCAGCAUCCGAAUGGCUUGGAAAAGAUAAGACAAUUAGAAGCACAAGGUCAUCACACCAGAUUAGAAGUCGAAGAACCUAAGAUAAGUCCGCCUAGGUUCGUCACUGAGUUGAGAGGAACAACUCAUGUAUUUGAAGGCAAGACUGCUCACUUUGAAUGUCAAGUAGAGCCCGUACAAGAUCCUAAUCUACGUAUAGAGUUUUACCAUAACGGCAAAGCCCUGCAAUCUGCGUCACGGUUCCAUAUCACUUUUGAUUUUGGUUAUGUGUCAUUGGAUAUUCAGCACUGUGUUGCUGAAGACGCCGGCGAGUACUCGGUGAAAGCUAUCAAUGCUCUUGGGCACUGUACUUCAUCAAUAUCCAUGACAGUAACCGCAAAAGGUAGUAUUAUAUCGGAAUCUCAACGUCCUGAAGGUCUAGAGAAAAUCCGAGAAUUAGAAUCGGCAGAGCCAUUUAAGCGCCCAGAAAUACCGGAACCUGUUACAAGGCAGAGACCUGUGUUUACACAGCCUCUUCAAAAUAUCGAUAAUAUUCAAGAAGGACAAACUGCACACUUUGACUGUAGACUAAUUCCUGUCGGUGAUCCUACUCUCAAAGUAGAAUGGUUCAGAAAUGAGAAACUCAUUGAAGACAGUUCAAGAAUAACGAAAACACACGACUUUGGUUAUGUAUCUAUGACCAUUACCCACGUGCGUGAUGAAGAUGAAGGCGUCUACAUGUGCAGAGCAUCCAACUUGCUAGGAGAGGCGGUUACAACUGCAGCAAUGAGAAUAAAGACCAAAGCAGCUAUUCAAAUGGAUACCCAACAUCCCGAAGGAAUGAGAAAAAUUCAGCAACUUGAGGAACCUCAACCAAAGAGGAGUGAGGAACCAGACCGUGAAUUUGAAAAACCUAUCUUUACGCAAGUGCUUACAGGACCUUCUGAGUUAUGGGAAGGACAGCAUGCCCAUUACGAAGCACGCGUUGUACCCGUUGGUGAUCCUAGCUUGCGAUUCGAGUGGUUCAUCAAUGGCGUUGAACUUAAAAUGGGUUCUAGAUUCCGCACUACACAUGACUUUGGAUUUGUCACAUUGGAUAUUAACUCUGUAGUGGCUCAAGAUGCUGGAUUAUAUAUGUGUAAAGCCAUUAACAGAGCUGGUAGCACAGUAUCUUCAACCGCUCUUAAAGUGAAAACUAAAUCAACUAUAGUAGAUCAAGCAAUGAGGCCGGAAUCUUGGGAACAGAUUCAACUGAAAGAAGCAGCAAUGAACAAAGUUCCGGAAAUGUUUGUAGAUACUGGAGUUCAGCAAGCUCCUAUUUUCACAACUCAUCUUAAGAGCUACGACAAAUUGGUCGAAGGACAACAUGUUUAUCUGGAAGCCCAGGUAGAACCACGGACAGAUCCAAAUUUGAAGAUUGAAUGGUUCAAGAAUGGAGUAUCUUUAACUACAGGUUCAAGAUUGAAGAGUACUUUUGACUUUGGAUUGGUGACACUAUCGAUUAAUGGCCUGCGAAUUGACGAUUCUGGCAUCUACACAUGCAAAGCCACGAAUCUUAUGGGCGAAGCUGUUUCCACCGCAUCUAUUAAAAUCGAAGAUCGUCACUGGUUACUAGGAGAAUCUCUUCACCCUGAAUCGCUGGACAGAAUAGGUGCCCUAGAGCAACCUAAAGCAACCAAACCAGAGUCUCCUGAUCCAGUUUACGAGACGCCAGUAUUUAUUUCUCAUUUGAACAACAUAUUAUGUAAAGAGGGCGAUAAUAUACACUUUGAAUGUAACGUGGAACCGUCGAGAGACCCUACACUGAAAAUUGAAUGGUUCUUCAAUAAUAAACCAUUGCCAUCGGGUACAAGAUAUAAGAGCACACAUGAUUUCAGUUAUGUUUCUUUAGAUAUCGUUCAUACCUAUGAAGAAGAUUCUGGUAUUUACACCUGCAAGGCAACAAACAGCAAGGGUUCAGCUACAACUUCAGGUUCACUUAGAUGUACUGGUGAUAAGGACAUUUAUUUGGAUACUCAACAUCCGCAAGGUAAGGCUGGCUUAGACGCUGUUGAACAAGCUGAAGAAGCCAGGCUAUCUAAAGGAAGGCGACCAUCAGUACCUGAUGCUGAAUAUCCGAAACCGGAAUGGGUUGUUCCAAUUGCUGCUGAACAUCAAUUAACUGAGGGACAAGCACUUCACCUAGAAGGUCAAGUCGAACCAAAGAACGAUCCAAAUUUGAGGAUAGAAUGGUAUUUCAAUGGCAAAGUUCUUGAGCAAGGGUCCAGAUUUAAGUUGACAAGCGACUUCGGGUUCGUAACUCUCGAUUUGAUCGAUGUUUAUGAAAGAGACAGUGGAAUUUACACAUGUAAGGCCUAUAACAAGCGAGGAGAAGCGUUUACUUCUUCUACAAUAUUUUGUAGUAGCAAGGAGAAUCUUAUUGAAAGAACCCAACAUCCCAAAGGAACAGAAGGCUUGGAGAAGAUACAGAAUCUUGAAGAUUCUCUACGUAGAGAACCUGGCCAGAAACCCGAUGAUGAUACUGGUAGACCACCUGAAUUCACAAGUGUUUUCCAGGAUAUUGUUGACAUAAGUGAGGGUCAAAUUGCUCAUUAUGAAGCAUCUUUAAUACCAACUGGAGACCAAAGUAUGGUUAUUGAAUGGUUCUAUAAUGGAAAGACCAUCGAAGCUAGCCACCGCAUCAGAACAGUAUAUGCGUUCGGUAUGGUUGUCCUUGAAAUCCUUGGAACCAAAACAACGGAUUCUGGCAUUUAUUCUUGCCGAGCUACCAACAGAUGGGGUCAAGCCGAGAUAAGUGUCAAGCUAGAGUGUGUUGAUAAAAGUAAGGGACAGAAACCGAGAUUUACUACUCACAUUCAGAGUAUUGAUGGUCUCAAAGAUGGCCAAUCAGCUCACUUUGAAUGCACUGUCGUUCCUGUUGAUGAUCCUGAUAUGAAGAUCGAAUGGUAUCAUAAUGGGCAGCCACUACGUCACUCAAAUAGAAUAAAGACUGUAUCUGAUUUCGGUUUCGUUGUUUUGGAUAUUGCAUAUACUCAGAAUCAUGACACAGGAGAAUAUGUUUGUCGUGCCUAUAAUAAAUAUGGCGAGGACUUCACAAAGGCGACUAUUAACUGCUACGGCCGAAGUGGAGUUUAUUAUGACAGCUUACAGCCUGACUCACUUACUAAAAUCAGAGAAUUAGAAAGUAUGCAGGGAGUACAACAACAAACUCCAUCUGCUGCUUCAGCAGAACCACCGAAGUUCUUAACUCAAAUACAGGAUGUGACAAAAUUAGUCGAGGGCCAAAGUGCUCACUUCGAAGCCCGUUUGGUACCGGUGGACGAUCCCGAUCUUAAAGUAGAAUGGUUCUAUAAUGGCAAGAAAUUGCCACACGGACAUAGGUAUAGAACUUUCCAUGAUUUUGGAAUUGUAAUAUUAGACAUUCUUUAUUGUUACGAAGAGAACUCCGGUGAAUAUGAAUGUAUCGCAACUAAUAAAUUGGGCCGCGAUUCAACAAAAGCUACUCUAAAAUGCACGUCAAAAGAGAAUUUGAUUUUGGACUCGCAACUGCCGCGGGGCAUGGAAGGUGGAUUAGAAAAACUACAAACCUUGGAAGAUUCUAUGGUGCGUAGAAAGGAUACAACUGUAGAAGAAGAACGAGGCAAAGCCCCUGUUUUCACUGUUCCAUUGUCGAAUAUAGAAAAUCUCAGAGAAGGAGAAAACGCUCACUUUGAAGCUCGACUAACUCCAACUGACGAUCCAAACCUGAAAGUGGAGUGGUAUUGGAAUGGUAAAUCCCUAAAGGCUGGUUCACGUUUUAGAACAUUCUGUGACUUUGGAUUUGUCAUCCUUGAAAUAUCCCCUACUUAUCCUGAAGACUCCGGAGAAUAUCUAUGCAGAGCAUAUAAUAAUUACGGAGAAGCUGUCACAACGGCUACAAUGAAAGUUCAAGGAAAACGUAAUAUAAUUCUGGAGUCUCAGUUACCAAAGGGUAUGGAGGGAACCAUCGAUAAGAUUGCUGCUCUAGAAGGUUACACUGGUACUGUCGAUUCCUUGACGCCAGAAGCUGAGACUGGAAACCCACCAGAGUUUACAACUACACCGUCGGAUCUUAUUUUGUCAGAAAACUCUUCAGCUCACUUCGAGUGCAGACUAGUGCCAAUUAAUGACUCGAGCAUGAGAGUAGAAUGGUUCCACAACGGAAAACCAUUAUUAACAGGAUCUAGGGUUAAAACUAUAAAUGACUUUGGUUUCGUCAUAUUAGAGAUUGGUGGAGUAUACCAACGCGAUGCAGGUCUUUAUACUUGCAAAGCGACUAAUCGUCAUGGUGAGGCUACUGUUUCCUGUAAAUUACAGGUCAAAGGUAGACAAGGUAUUAUUCUUGAACCUCAAUUGCCAUCUCACUUUAAAUCAGGAACUGAAAGCAUUCAGAAGUUAGAAGAAACACUUCAUAAACGCGAAGAAAUUACGGUCGAAGAUGAAAAGCCUAAUCCACCUAAGUUUACAGUGGAAAUUAAAGACAAUCUGGAUAUUCCGGAAGGCGGACCAAUACAUUUUGACUGUCGCGUUGAGCCUGUUGGUGAUCCUACAAUGCGAAUCGAUUGGUUCCACAAUGGUCGGCCUUUUGCUACCGGUUCCCGUGUACAUAUGCUCAACGAUUUUGGUUUUAUUGCUUUGGACAUCGACUACAUCUAUGCGCGUGACGCUGGUGAAUAUACCUGCCGCGCUACGAACAGAUGGGGUUCUGCUACUACGACGGCUAAAAUUACUUGCAGCUCCAAACGUGAUAUUGUUUUGGAGUCGCAGUUACCCCAAGGUAUGAGCGGAGAAAAGAUCAAGGAACUUGAGAGAGGCCGCAUUAGUGAGGCUCCUAAAGAGGAACCUGUCGUAAGUUCUCCACCUAAAUUUAUAACACAAAUUCAAUCUCACACCGUAGAAGAAUCUGAAGGAGUUCGUUUUGAGUGUCGAGUAGAACCCAAGGAAGAUCCUAAACUGCGUAUUGAGUGGUAUCGCAACGGAAAAUUGUUACCAUCUGGACAUAGAUAUCGAACUGUAUACGAUAUGGGUUUUGUGUCACUUGAUAUUUUAUAUGUAUAUGCUGAGGAUUCCGGCGAAUAUGUGUGCCGAGCUGUAAAUGAUUUCGGAGAAGACUUCACUAAAGGCACAGUUUCGUGCAAACAACUGCCAGAUAUAAUUUUACAAAACCAAGUUCCUAGAGGUAUGAAAAAAUCUGAAGCUCUUACGCAAAUGGAGGCUACCAUUAAGAAAUACACUUCUGAAAUAUUCCUCACCGAAGACGACCUCUACGACGCUGACAAGAAGCAACCACCUCGAUUCGUCACCCAGAUUCAAAGUCAGACUACUCUAGUUGAAAUGGAGACUACAAAAUUCGAAUGUCAAUUGGCACCUGUAGGAGAUCCUAACAUGAAAGUUGAAUGGUUCUUCAAUGGAAAACCAUUACUACACAAGAAUCGUUUUACACCAAUUUACGACUUCGGAUACGUUGCUAUGAACUUUGGCUGGGUAUAUCCUGAGGACAGUGGGGAAUAUGUGUGCAGGGCCACAAACUUAUAUGGCAUGGAUGAAACUAGAGCAGUAAUAAAAACCGCAGGCAAGCCAGGCAUCGUCUAUGACUCUCAACUACCAAAGCAUAUGAAGAGUAUCGAGAAAAUCAGAGAGAUGGAAGCAUCAUGGCAAAUAGCACCAGAACAGGCAGUGGAAAUUGAAAAGGCCCGAUCGGCACCAGUUUUUGUUAGUAGGCCGGACCCAGUAACCGUUGAAGAGGGAGAAUGGGCCCGUUUCUGCUGCCGUGUGACAGGACAUCCAAAACCUCGUGUAAUGUGGCUCAUUAACGGCAACACCAUUGUCAAUGGUUCUAGAUACAAACUGACCUACGACGGCAUGUAUCACUUUGAUAUACCAAAAACUAGACAAUAUGACACAGGCAAAAUAGAAGUGAUUGCCAGAAGUUCAGUAGGUGAAGCACUAGCAACAACAGAACUGAAAGUCAUCCCAAGACAUGACGAUUACAGAGGAGUAUUGAAAAACGCACCGAGACCAUGGUACGAUGAAACAACACAGUAUCAGCGUUCUGAAACUGAGUUAGAAAAGACGUUUGAAGAACGUCAAACUUUGCAACGGCAAGGCGUUAUUGAUCACAGGCCUGAGUUGAAACCCAAAUUAAUAAAGGAACCAGAGACAGAAUGGCAGCAAACAGUGAAGAAGAAGAAGAGUGAAGAAUAUUACAAUAAGCUCCAGGAGCUUGAAAAUGAGCAAGUAGUAAAAGAGAGCAGACUGAGAGAAUCGACACACCAAUAUGCUAUUCCGGGAGAAAAGAUUGCAAGCAGUUCAUUAGCGAAAGGCAUGGCACAAAAAUACGAAACUAACUUGGAGCAAAGUGACGAAGUAGUAGAACAGCAAAUACACAAGAAAGUAACUCAAAAGCCUAGAAUUCCAGACCCAUUGGAAUCUACAGUGCACGGCAAAGAAGUUCAUGUCGCUAAGCAAAAACAAAUACAAAAAGAAGUGGUUGGUGAUACAGAGAUAACACGAAAAAUUACAUCUACUGAAACAACAGAAGUUGAACACAAAGCACAGACGCAAGAACGAGUAGUUGAAGGACCUGUGAAACCCUCAAAACCACCAGUCUUUACAAAGAAGAUGCAACCAUGUCGUGUAUUUGAACAUGAACAAGCAAGAUUCGAAGUAGAAUUUGAUGGAGAUCCAUUGCCAAACAUUAAAUGGUACCGUGAAAAUUUCCCAAUCAAAAACUCACCAGAUUUCCAAAUUCAUACAUUCAGCACAAAAUCUAUUCUAAUAAUAAGACAAGUUUUUAUUGAAGACUCCGCUGUGUUUGCUGCUGUCGCUGAGAACAGAGGAGGUACUGCAAAAUGUAGUGCAAACUUGGUGGUAGAAGAGCGCAGACGCCAAGGUAGAGGUGGAAUCAUACCACCUAGCUUUACACUUACUGCACAAAAUGUCAAUGUGACAUCUGGGCAACUUGUACGUUUUGACACUAAAGUAACAGGAACUAAGCCGAUAGAUGUGUACUGGCUAAAGAACGGAAAGAAAGUACAACCAGACAUCCGGAAUAAGAUUUUAGAAGAGGAUGGAACAUACACUCUUCUUAUUUUAGAAGCUUAUCCACAGGAUUCCGGAAAAUAUGAGUGUGUAGCUAUCAACAGUGCAGGUGAAGCAAGAUGUGAUGCUGAAUGUUUGGUUAAUGCUCCAGCUACUAAGGAAAAGCCGAAACCACAAUCUAAAGCUGCUAAUGCGCCUCCUGAAAUAAUUGAACCUCUCAAAGACAAAGUGGUAACUGAGGGACAAGCUAUAGAAUUCAGCUGUAAGAUUGUCGGAAAACCUACUCCCACGGUGCAGUGGUAUAAGGGCGAUAAACUAAUUAAGCCCUCAAAAUACUUCCAAAUGUCAAGAGCGGCCGAUGAAUAUACUUUACGCAUAUCUGAGGCCUUCCCCGAAGACGAAGGAGACUAUAAAUGCGUUGCCUAUAAUUCAGCUGGACGAGUUACUGUCGCUGCGAAAUUGAAAGUCACUCAGCCAGACCAAGGAGAUAAUUUACCAACACUUACACCUCUUCGCGAUGUUGUAGUUUACGAAGGACAACCAGCUCAGUUCAAGACGAACAUAACUAGCAAGACUAAGCCGAACAUACAAUGGCUUCGUGAAGGCGCCCUUAUUCCUGAGACACCUGAUUUCCAGAUGAUUCACGAGGGCAACAACGCGGUGCUUCUAAUCGGUAACACAUAUGAGGAGGAUACCGGCAUCUUCACGUGCCGUGCUACUACUGCUGCCGGCCAAGCCGAGACCUCGGCAAAACUAGUCGUCAAAAAGUCACCUCUAACAGUUUCACAAAAGAAGUUUCAAGAUAAAACUGAUAUUAAAUCGCUUACAUCAGAAGAAGCUGAAAGCAGUCUCAAUAGACAACUUUACCAGACUACUGAAGAUAGCAAUAUUAUGAAAUUGGAAAACGUCAAAAACAUCAAAACAAAAUCCGCCACAGUUCCAUGGCGUAAAAGCAGUCAAACAGAAAUAAAGGAAUUACUGAAAGAAGACAAAAUAGAAGUAAAACAUUGGAGAAAACCUCGUCAAGAUGAAAAAAGCAUUGAACAUAGUAGUAUUACUGAAGAUACUAGUAUUUUGAAUAUUGACGGGCAAAUAGUAAUUUCAGAGAGAAAGGAACAUCUAUCAAACCAAAAGUCUGUGGAAGUAAAACAUUGGCGUAAGCCUAGAGUAGAGAAAAAAGAUCAGGAAUACCAGUCCGAAAAUAAUAAAAAAGAAGAAAUAUUGGAAACAAAAACGUGGAGAAAAUCGCGCGACAAGCCGACAUCCAUAGAUACACAUAAAAUAACAGAAGAUUCUCAAAUACUAAAAAUCAGGGAUACUGAGUCAAUAGAAAAUAUGCAACAAGAGUUGCUGGAGACUAAGCAUUGGCGAAAACCAAAAAUUGAGGAAAGAGGACCAUCGAUAGAUAAAAUGAUAACAAUUGAAGACCGUACUUCACUAGAAAUAAAACAAGAUGAAACUGUGGAUCAAACAAAAAUAAACGAAACAUUGGAAACAAGGACAUGGCGAAAGCCAAGAAAAGAAGAAACACUUGUUUCAAGUAUUCAGGAAUCAAACAAAAAAGAAGACGUUGAAUCACAACAGAGGAUAACAAGACGCAGUGAAGAAAAACAAAUAAGACGUUCAAUAGAUGAACACAAAGAGACUACGCCGUGGACACAAGAAUCUAUUAAGUUGCGUCCGACCAAAGUAGAAAAGAUUCCCAUUGCAAAAGAAAGAAUAGAAGAUGUUAAUCUGAAACCAGUAAGAAAAGAAUCCAUUCCAAAAGCAGAAACGAUUAUCAUAGAAGAGUCUAUAACACGAGAAGAAGAUACAGUCAUACUAAAAUUAUCCGAUGAUAUGGAUAGUACAAAGAUUCCUCCAAAGUUACAAUUAGAUGAUGUGAUCCCCACCGUAGAAUCAAAGACACCUCUUAUUCCAACAUGGAGGAGAAAUUCGAGAGAAAGACCACAAGAAACUCAGCUAGAAGAAGUCAAAUGGCCUACAGGAAAGAGACGACCCAAGGAAGAGGAGCCCAAGGAAGAAGUUGUGCUUAAACCAAUUCCCAAGGCAAAGCCAUCGGAAGAAGAGAAACCGGAGGAGGUGCAAUUGAAACCUGUUAAGAAGCAAAAGCCAAUAGAAGAGACUCAGCCAGAAAAAGUCAAAUGGCCCACAGGAAAAAGACGGCUCAAGGAAGAGGAGCUCAAGGAAGAAGUCGUACUUAAACCAACUCCCAACCAACAGGUAUCAGAAGAGGAAAAACCUGAGCAAUUGCAACUAAAACCUAUGAAGAAACAAAAGCCAAUAGAAGAAACUCAACCAGAAGAUGUCAAAUGGCCCACAGGAAAGAGACGGCCCAAGGAAGAGGAGCCCAAGGAAGAAAUCGUGCUUAAGCCAAUUCCCAAGACACGGGCACCGGAAGAGGAAAAACCAGAGGAAGUUCAACUUAAACCUGUAAAGAAACAAAAGCUGAUAGAAGAAACUCAACCAGAAGAAGUCAAAUGGCUCACAGGAAAGAAACGACCCAAGGAAGAGGAGCCCAAGGAAGAAGUCGUACUUAAGCCAAUUCCCAAGCCACAGGUAUCAGAAGAUGAAAAACCAGAGCAAUUGCAACUUAAACCUGCAAAGAAACAAAAGCCAAUAGAAGAAACUCAACCAGAAGAAGUCAAAUGGCCAACAGGAAAGAGACGGCCCAAGGAAGAGGAGCCCAAGGAAGAAAUUGUGCUUAAGCCAAUUCCCCAGACACGGGCACCGGAAGAGGAAAAACCAGAGGAAGUUCAACUUAAACCUGUAAAGAAACAAAAGUCAAUAGAAGAAACUCAACCAGAAAAAGUCAAAUGGCCCACAGGAAAGAGACGGCCCAAGGAAGAGGUACCCAAGGAAGAAGUCGUGCUUAAGCCAAUUCCCAAGGCACAAGUACCGGAAGAGGAAAAACCAGAGGAAGUGCAACUAAAACCUGCAAAGAAACAAAAGCCAAUAGAAGAAACUCAACCAGAAGAAAUCAAAUGGCCUACAGGAAAGAGACGGCCCAAGGAGGAGGAGCCCAAGGAAGAAGUUGUGCUUAAGCCAAUUCCCAAAGCACGGGCACCGGAAGAGGAAAAACCAGAGGAAGUGCAACUAAAACCUGUAAAGAAACAAAAGCCGAUGGAAGAAACUCAACCAGAAGAAGUCAAAUGGCCCACAGGAAAGAGACGGCCCAAGGAGGAGGAGCCCAAGGAAGAAGUUGUGCUUAAGCCAAUUCCCAAGGUACGGGCACCGGAAGAGGAAAAACCAGAGGAAGUGCAACUAAAACCUGUAAAGAAACAAAAGCCAAUAGAAGAAACUCAACCAGAAAAAGUCAAAUGGCCCACAGGAAAGAGACGGCCCAAGGAAGAGGUACCCAAGGAAGAAGUCGUGCUUAAGCCAAUUCCCAAGGCACAAGUACCGGAAGAGGAAACACCAGAGGAAGUGCAACUAAAACCUGCAAAGAAACAAAAGCCAAUAGAAGAAACUCAACCAGAAGAAAUCAAAUGGCCUACAGGAAAGAGACGGCCCAAGGAGGAGGAGCCCAAGGAAGAAGUUGUGCUUAAGCCAAUUCCCAAGGCACGGGCACCGGAAGAGGAAAAACCAGAGGAAGUGCAACUAAAACCUGUAAAGAAACAAAAGCCGAUAGAAGAAACUCAACCAGAAGAAGUCAAAUGGCCCACAGGAAAGAGACGGCCCAAGGAGGAGGAGCCCAAGGAAGAAGUUGUGCUUAAGCCAAUUCCCAAGGCACGGGCACCGGAAGAGGAAAAACCAGAGGAAGUGCAACUAAAACCUGUAAAGAAACAAAAGCCGAUAGAAGAAACUCAACAAGAAGAAGUCAAAUGGCCCACAGGAAAGAGACGGCCCAAGGAGGAGGAGCCCAAGGAAGAAGUUGUGCUAAAGCCAAUUCCCAAGGCACGGGCACCGGAAGAGGAAAAACCAGAGGAAGUGCAACUAAAACCUGUAAAGAAACAAAAGCCAAUAGAAGAAACUCAGCCAGAAGAAGUCAAAUGGCCUACAGGAAAGAGACGGCCCAAGGAGGAGGAACCCAAGGAAGAAGUCGUGCUUAAGCCAAUUCCCAAGCCACAGGUACCAGAAGAGGAAAAACCAGAGGAAGUUCAAAUAAAACCUUUAAAGAUACAAAAGCCAAUAGAAGAAACUCAACCAGACGAAGUCAAAUGGCCUACAGGAAAGAGACGGCCCAAGGAGGAGGAACCCAAGGAAGAAGUCGUGCUUAAGCCAAUUCCCAAGCCACAGGUACCGGAAGAGGAAAAACCAGAGGAAGUUCAACUAAAACCUGUAAAGAAACAAAAGCCAAUAGAAGAAACUCAGCCAGAAGAAGUCAAAUGGCCUACAGGAAAGAGACGGCCCAAGGAGGAAGAGCCCAAGGAAGAAGUCGUGCUUAAACCAAUUCCCAAGCCACAGGUACCGGAAGAGGAAAACCCAGAGGAAGUUCAACUAAAACCUAUAAAGAAACAAAAGCCAACAGAAGAAACUCAACCAGAAAAAGUCAAAUGGCCCACAGGAAAGAGACGGCCCAAGGAGGAGGAGCCCAAGGAAGAAGUUGUGCUAAAGCCAAUUCCCAAGGUACGGGCACCGGAAGAGGAAAAACCAGAGGAAGUGCAACUAAAACCUUUAAAGAUACAAAAGCCAAUAGAAGAAACUCAACCAGACGAAGUCAAAUGGCCUACAGGAAAGAGACGGCCCAAGGAGGAGGAACCCAAGGAAGAAGUCGUGCUUAAGCCAAUUCCCAAGCCACAGGUACCGGAAGAGGAAAAACCAGAGGAAGUUCAACUAAAACCUGUAAAGAAACAAAAGCCAAUAGAAGAAAGUCAACCAGACGAAGUCAAAUGGCCUACAGGAAAGAGACGGCCUAAGGAAGAGGAGCCCAAGGAAGAAAUCGUACUUAAGCCAAUUCCCAAGCCACAGGUACCGGAAGAGGAAAAACCUGAGGAAGUUCAACUAAAACCUGUAAAGAAACAAAAGCCAAAAGAGCAGGCUAGGCCAGAAGAAGUCGCACUGAAGCCAAUUCCACAGGCACCAGAAGUUCAAAAGCCAGAAAAAUUAGCAUUAGAAGAAAAACUAGUAGACGAAACUAAGUCCAAAAUUACUGAACAAGAAAUUAAAGAAAAGAAAAUACAAAUCAACGACGUGUCUGCGCCAGAUCAACCUACUGAGGAAGUGCAAGAAGUGGUAACCGUAAAAACGCAAAAGAAAACAGUGCAGAAAAAGAAAACUGAAAAGAAAAAAGAAGUUGGACCAAUCAUUUUAAAACCCAUAAAAGCAAUGAAUGUAUUUGAAACAUCUGAUUUUGAUAUAGUUGUCUCAUUCGAUAACAAAGAGAACGAUAAAGUGACGUGGUAUUGUAAUAAUAAAAUCGUCGAACCAAAUGACGACUGUGAAAUUAUAAUAAAAAAUGGCGAAUCACUUUUAAAAAUACAUAAUGCAGAUAAGAAAAAGGUUGGGAAAUAUGAAGUGGUUAUUGAAAGGAAUAAUGUGAUUGCUAAGUCCGCAAGUACUGUAAAAUUAAUAAAAUCUAAAAACGAAGAUCAAAUUUUACCGCCUGUAUUUGUAAGACCUCUUAGACCAACAGAAGCAUACAUAGGUGAAAUUAUAUUAUUAGAAACAGAAGUUAUUUCUAGUCCAAACGCUUCGUUUCAGUGGUUCAUAGACACUAAAGAGGUGAUAUCGUAUGCAAAAGAAAAUAAGUUAAAGAAUUUAUAUGUAACGAAUAGAGAUAACAUAUCAAGUCUCUGCAUUGAAAAUAUUAGUAACGAACUGGCAGGAGUUAUUACUUGCAGAGCAGAAAACUUUGCAGGAUCUGUAUCAAGUUCUGCAUCAAUAAUUAUGUUAAAAAAAGAAAAAAAUAUAGCUGGGAAGCCACCUUCUUUUACCAAGACUUUGGUAUCAACAACUGUAAUGGACGGAGAGACUAUAGUACUUUCAUGUGAAGUCAAGGGCGAACCGAGGCCAAAAAUAGAAUGGGCGCAUAAUGGAAAAAUAAUUAAUCAAGCGAGAGAUAUAACAUUUGCGAGACAGGAAUCGGGUUUAUGCGAAUUAUGUAUAAAAGAAGCUUUUCCUGAAAUGUCAGGAACAUAUUCUUGCAUAGCAACAAACGAAUUUGGAAGCUGUGAUAACGAAUGUAUUUUGAAUGUGGAAGCUUACGAAUAUGUUCCGAGUGCAUCAGAAGAAGAUAUAUUGAGCGAUGAGAGAACCAGCGACCUAGAGGAAUUUGCCCCUCGUAUAGUAAAAGCUUUGCCUACAGUUAUUACUACCACUGAAGGCGAACUUACAAGGUUGGAAGCAAAAGCAAUAGGUAUUCCGAAACCGCAAAUUCGAUGGUUAAAGCACGGAAUAGAAAUAAAACAUUCUCAAGAAUAUCAAAUAGAAGAAAUAGAAGAUGGAACAUCAAUUUUAAUCAUUCCCGAGGUUUAUCAAGACGACACCGGUGAAAUUAAAUUCGAAGCAUUCAAUCCCCUAGGUGUAACAUCUACUAUUGCAGCAUUGUCCGUGGAAAGUAUAAUCGGCACUAAAGAGUACAGAAAACCCGAAUGGGUAACCCACAUGGAAGAAUUACAAGCUGCUUUAAAAGCGACACAAUCAGUGCCGACAUUUGUCAAAGAUAUUAUGCCUGAACGAGUUCAUGAAGAGGAAACAGUUAUAUUUGAGGCUAUUUAUAGCGGUAACCCAAUUCCAGAAAUUUUGUGGUAUAAAGAUGAUAAAGUAAUAAGAAGCGAUGAACGUCAUGUUAUUGAAAAUAAAGAUAACCGGACAUCGUGUACAAUAAAAAACGUCGUCAAAGAAUCGGAAGGUACUUAUACAUGUAAAGCUGUAAGUGAAAUUGGCAUGGCUUUGACCAAGGCUAAAUUACAAGUUUUCAAAACAGGAGAGAAAAUAAAGAAAGUGAAAGAAGUAAAAGAAAAAGUGAAGUCUGAAAAAAUCACCCAACUCGAAAAAGAAACAAUAGUUAAAGAAAAGGUAAAAGAAAAAAUAGAAGGAAACUAUGAAUCUGCAGCGGUUAUUGAAGAAAUUCAGGUGAUGGAUGAACCAGCACCCAUAAAGAAAGUUCAAAAAGAUAAAGCAAAGAUAUCAGUCAAUCAAGCUGAAUCUGUGGAAACGCAGGAUGUUGCAUCAUAUAAAAAAGUAGAUAAAAAGGAAAAACCAAAACCAAAGGCAGGCAAAGGAGAACCAGUGGUAACGCCAAAUGAGUAUUUAGUAUCUUCCCAACAAUUGAAAGAAGAAACUGUAGAGGCAUUCCACGAGACUCCGUAUGAGAAACAAAAAGGCAUAAUUAAAAUGGUAGACAAGGAUUCGAAUGUAGUUGCUGAAAUAAAUGAAUUACUUGAGGUGAUUAAUGCAAAAGAGUUCGGCCCGGGUGAAUCACCAUUGAGAGAGUUAGCUAAAAUCGGCUACAUGUUGAGACGUGGUGUAACUACAGAACAAAUAGAGAGUUUAUACGAUUCUGAGUAUUUCCCAGCUUUACGCGUACCUCAAUCACAAUCAGCAUUAGUUCAGUUAGUGGAACGGCAAGGACAUGGGCCACUUAUUACGGAAGUACUUACGGAAGAGACGACACAAGAUGAAGAUGUGAUUGCAGCAAAAGUCGGUUUCCGGGCGUUCUUGAAAAUGGUUGAAAUGAAACAUACUUCAGUCGAAGAGGUAAUCGCUCAUUUCUACCCGGAAGAUUUCAAACCUCGAUCCUGGGAACAAAGAGAAGCACAUGAGGUAAUAGUGGAAUCCGCAACUGAACAACUAGCAGAAACACAUAUAACUGAAGUAAAAAAAGAUACAACAAAAAAGCUAACUGAAGAAACACAGAUAGAAGAUGCCAAAGAGAAAAGAAUGUCCAAAGGCAAAAAACAAGUAAAAGAGAAAUACGACGAAUUCCUAGUGGAAGAAAUUACAACAGAGUCGGUGAAAAUGUUAAAAGCACAACAUCCUAAUGAGAAAAUAGAAAUUCUUGAAGAAGGUGAAACUAGUAUGUUCGAUACGGAGCCUUUACUAUACUUAUCAACAAUACCGACUGAUGUUCAUCAGAGUAAUAUUGAAGUGGUAGCAGCUAGCCAAACCUCUCAAAUAAUUUCUGAUAAGGUUGAUAAUACAAUAGCUAAAAUCAGAAUAGACGCGAAUUAUCCAUUAAUUAGCGAUGAUAAUCAAACUCAAGAAAAAGAAACGCCUUUGUUAGUUAAAGAAAACAAUAAAAUUCUUAUAAGACCAUCACCAGCGGCUAGUAUAGAACCAAUAAUAGUAACAGAAGUAGAGGUUAGCAAUGCACUAGAAGAAUUUCAUCCAAAGAAAAAUAAGACAGUAACAAAAGCCAAUGAAACUAUCGUUCCAGCAGAAGGUAUUUUGACUUCUGAAAUUGAAACUAAUAUAAGUGUUGCUAAUAUAAAAAAAGAAGAACAAUGUUUAGAAAAUGCAAAGUCAGCUGUAAUUCUAAAAGAUGCUCUAACAGUAUCCGAGCACAUAACAACAUUAAGAGAAUCCCCAUUUGAAACACAUCCGCUCAAAGGAUCUAAUGCGUCAGUAGGUAUUAAUCCUUUAAUGGGUAUAAACGUUACGGAAGUGCAAGAAGAGAUAAAAGAAUCAGAAGUAGAAAAUAAAGAAAGAGAAAAACAAGCGACAUCAAAAAUAAAUUUUAAUCUGUUAGAAUCUCUUGAAGUAGGAGAAGUUUUUGUCGAAGAUAAAUCGGGAAAAUAUUACCCUGAACUAAUCGUGCCUACAGAAAUGGCAAGAAAAGAUGUUUUGGUUUCAAAUCAAAUAGUGACAGAAAUUCACGACGUAAAAGAAAAAGAAGGUAUUUUAUCUGCCUUAAAAUUACCUCCAACGCAAGAAGCACAAUUAGAUAUUACUUCAAAAGAUAGUUUAGUUAUAUCAACGAAAGAAUACCACGAAAAAGAAGUUGAACUACCGGUUUUAGAAUUGCCAACUGAAAUAACCGUCGAAAAAGAUCUUAUGUUAUUUACCAGUUUAAACAAUUCUAUAACUACGUCACAAAUUAAAGAAUCGGAGUUUAUCCCGGAACAGCUGGCAACCAAAAAGGCAAUAAUAUCUGUUAAUGAGCACCAACAUAAAUUUAAUUUAGAGACAAAUAUACAAGAGUCAGAAUCCAGUUUUGAGGAAUCUAAAUGUGUACUUGGCACACAAGCUGAGAUAGCAGUUUCUUUACUAGAUAAACACAUUACUGAAGAAGUCCAAAUAAAUGAAAGUGAAAAUGAACUAAUUAUAAAAGAAGAUAGACAAGACGCCACUGCCAGUUUUGAUGUGAAAUCUAUUGAACCAAUAGUUACAACAGAAACUAUGCAGUUAACAUCUACAGAUGAGCUGAAUAUUAAAGAAAAUAGAACAGAUGAAUUAGCUACAGAAACUAUAAUAACAACUAAUGCAAAAAUAGUCACAUCAACAGUGGUGCACGAUCAAGAGAUUCAUGAAAACUACUCGACAAAAAAAGGCGAAAAUAUAACAACUUCUUUGGUGCCUAACAUUUCAUUAAAUGUAUCUGAAACAGAACUUUCAGAAUUUGAGAAUCAGUUUAUUCCAAACAGAAUUCCAGAUUUGUUAAGUGCCAAACCAUGCCCAACACACCAUCUGAAAUCUCCAAUCUCUGAAGAAGUUAAUACCGCAGAUCAAGUAGAAUAUUUAAAACCUUCUGAAAACUUAACAGAAACUGCUUUAGAACAAAGAGAUCUACAAAAAGAAAUAACCAUCCUUCAAACCACUGUUCAAGAACAAUUACAACAGUUAAAUGAAUCCCAAACUCCUCAAAUAAGGGCUGCAACACAUAUUAUAGGAAAAGAAAGUUUAAAUGUAAUUGAAGUAAUACCUAGUGUAAAUGAAGAAAUAUUUGAAGUAGAUAAAGCAAGGGAAGGUACCUGCGCAAUGCUUGAUAUUGAUACCAAUUACAAGUUAGCUCUUGUGUCAGAAGUUAAUGCAGGUGAUAGUUUAAAUCAAUUAAACUUAUUGUCACCAAAUUAUGAAGAAGCUAACAUAACAUCCAAUAUUAUGACCUCACUUCAAGUCACUGAAAACAAAAGUCUUGACAGUCAGUCAACAUUCCAAAAAGAAAUCAAACCGGAUUUAAAAUCACUAACACCUGAAAUUAUACCAUUACAAGAUACAAUAAAGGUAACAGAUAUUAUACAACACGAAAAGGAACGGGAUUAUGAGUUACAAAAACUACCAGAAACAAUGAUGGCAUCUGCAGAUAUCACUGGCCAUCAAGUAGCAAUAUCAUUGGAAUUAAUAGCGGAUUCGAGUAUAGGCUAUACUGAAACAGCUAAUGAUAUGAAAAAUCAAACUAAAACUGCUAAUGUACAAAAUGUAGCUCAUAAAGAACUUAUUGUAAGUACAGCCAACAUCAGAGAAAGAGAGGGAUUAUUAGAAUCAAAUAUUUUACCCAAUACCAUCUCAGCAGUUGUAAAUAUUGAUUUAUCUCAAGCUAUUAUAGUAGAAGAAAAUAAACACGAAAUAUUACCUGCCAACUUCGAUACUUCUCGUGUUUUGUCACAUGCAAAAGAAAACAAAGAUAAUAUCAUUAAAGAAGCGAUAACUCAACAUGAAACUAUAGUGCAUUCUGCUGAGGGUAUUAUAACAAAAGAAUCAACAAAUAAUCAAGUAAUACCAACAAUCUCAGUAUUUGGACUUCAUGCACCAGAACUUGCGGAAAAGAUAACUAUUGAAAGUGAAAAUGAGUUAAGUUUACCAUCUAUGCCAGAAAAAGUAGUAGCAGCAAUUAAUAUGUUAACACAGCAUGGCAUAGAAACCACAGAAACGAUUACACAUGACGAAAAUGCAGAAAACGUCGAACAAGCUAAAUUAAUUUACAAAAAAGCUUUGCCCAAAUUUGACGAAGUGUACGGUAAAACUGCUCGUGUAGAAGAGGUUCUUCCCAACCAAUCUAUUUCUGAAAUACAGGAAGAGGCACCUAACGUACAAACGUCAAAAAUAUCUCCCAUAGCUAAUAUUACAUUUGAACAAAUGGAAAUAACUCCAGGGGAGAUGGAAACUGCCAUAGAAGAGCAAACCACUUUAAAAUCACGGGGUAUUAUUGAAUAUAUUGAAACAGAAGCUAUUAUUACCAGCUCUACACAAACAAUAGAUCAAGAAAAAGAACUCACUAGCACAUUCUUACCUCAAUCGAAAGAUGCAGUUGUAGAAAUAGUGCCUCUGAAUAGUACAAUAGACACAGAAAUAAUAACUGCAAGCGAUGCAAGUGAUUAUAAAGACAAAAAAAUUAAGACUUCAGAAGCAACGAUAUCACAAGGAGAAUACAAAACGCAUUUACAAAGUACAGAAAUAUUGUUUAAUGAAAAAGAAUUUGAUUUACCUAUUCAGACUGAAAAUUAUCAAGAAGCAACAUAUCAAUUAAUAGCAGCUUCUGCCAAAGAAAUAAUUCAAAUUCAAACAAACGAAAAAGAAAAACAAGUUGAAAAGGCAUUUGACAUUCCACACUCAUACGCCCAUCCAACGAUUAAAGAACAACACCCAUUAUUAAAUACUGAAGUCACGUUAAAUCAAGAAAUUGAAGAAUUGCACGUUUCAGGUUCAAAUGUUACUAGUGCGAUAAAAACGCAUGGUAUACAGGAAGCAGUUGAAAGCUCCGUUCCGUUUGUAGGAGAAGUAGAAGACACACUUAUGAGUAUAAUACCGUCUGAAAAGUGCUCUAAACAAAAUAUAGAAGAACUAAAAUCUUUAGAUAUCACAGAGGUAAUAUUAAGUGAAACUGAAGCACUAUUAAAAGAUAGUCCCGGUGUAAAAAAGGAAACAUUAAAAUCUGACUUUGAGAAAAAUUAUUAUGUUGGUAUUACUGAAGUAACGCCAUCCGAAGUAGAAGGGUCAUAUCAUAAAUCUUUAGAUACAAAAUCAUCGUUAAAGAAAAUCGAGCCAACUCAUAGUAUGUCCCUACAUUCCAGUAUCACAGUAGACGAAACUAUUUUAAAUGAUAGUCAAGGGCUUUUGUCAGCUGUCUCUGACUUCAAAACCCAACAUGCAGAUAUUUUCAUCGAAUGCAAACAACAUGUAACUGUAACUGAUACUUCAGUAAAAGAAAGAGAGGAACAGUUUGAACCUGAAUAUAGACCUGUCAUGGAAAAUCAAAAUGUUGAUGUAAGUACAAUUCAACACAUUGUUACAAGUGAAACUAUUCUGUUAGAAGACGGUACAGAUCUUCCUAAAUCUAUCUCAAUAUCAGAAGAAAAAGCAAAUAAAACUGAAACAGUUAUCGAAGCUCUUCAUAACCAACAACAAGAAGUGAUUGAGAGUGUUGGUACGUUCAACACCAAAUUUAAACCAGAUUUAAUAAAAGCUAAUGCAGAUUUGGUAGAUUUAAAAUCUAUAGAACAAAUAGAAGUAGUAACAGAAGAACAUCCUGAAGAGUUUUCAAAAUAUUUAGUCAAGAAUGACAAAGCAUCGUCAAAGCAAACAACUAUAGAAGAAAUAAUUAGUACACAACCACAAGUUAUUGAAAGCACCACUCAAUUACAAGUAGAUUAUAAACCAGAUGAAAAUACAAUAAAAUAUGACAUAGAGCUUCAAAGAAGCUACAUUACAUCUGAAAAUAUUACACAAGAAGUUUCUAAUACAAUGCAUGUCGAAGAAACACAUGAGAAAAAAGCUGAAAAACAGAUUAUCGAUGUAACAACCCCUUUGGAACAGACAAUAAUAGUAAUAGCAGAAGAAUCAGAACCAUUUUCGGAAAAAAAUACAGAUAAAACAGAAAAAGCUCAGGCAGGUCACAUUGUUUCCCAAGAAAUAUUGAAAUCAAAGCCGGAUAUAUUAGAAUCUAUUAGAGAUUUGCCGGAUUUAUCUGCAACAGAAACCAAGCAGGCUGUCAUGGAAAUUGAACCACAUAAAAGCUACAUUGUAACAGAAAAUGUAACUGAUGAGGUAUCAACAGACCUAAAGGACGCUGAAGAAGGUAAUUUAACAAAACAAAUAACACAACAUAUUAUAGACAUAAAGCCCAUAGAACAGACGGAAGUUAUUAUUGGCGAGAACACUACACAAAUAAAUGAAACUAAUAUUAAUGCAACAAAUAUUUUAGCUAAUCCCAUUGAAAUAAGUUCUUUAAACCAAUCAGAAGUAUUUGUGCAUGAAAAUGAAAUAGUAACAGAUUUUACUAAGACACUGAAAAUGGAAAAUGCUCAACAGAAAAUUAAUACAAUGGAAGGACUUAAAAUAUACGAAAUUACACAUAAUGAUACACAAGAUGAUUUACCGCUACAUAAAGAUCAAACUGCCAAAGCAGAAAUGACAGUAUCAUUAUUAACACACGUACAAUGUACUGAAAAUAUUCCGCAAAAUUAUACAGAUGAACUGAUAAAACACAAUACACAAAGUAAGAUUCCUUCAAUCGCGUCUGAAAACAUAAUACCCUUGAUAAUUACGGAUAAUACGAUAUUACAACACGAAAAAGAUCUAAAUAUUUCAAAACCAAAAGAACAAGUAUCGAGAUCGUCCAUAACAAUCUCAAAUGUAUUAGAAGUUACGUCUGAAUUUGUAGGCGAACAAUCAACUCCAAUUCCGGAUACUCAUUCAUCGCUACAAACAAGUAAAGCCGUAGUAAAUGAUGAAAAUCAAGACAAUGUUUACAUAUCUGAACUAGAAACGCAUGUGCACGAAAAAGCAGACGUUGCUUCAGUUUUACAAAAAACAUCAGAUGUAGAAGAAACAGAAGAAAUAAUUACUAAAUUUAUGCAAGUACCUGGCCAAAAAGAGCCAAAACAAAUAAAAACAAAACGUACAAUACUAAGAAAAAAGAAAAAAGAAGGUGAAAGCGAUGAAGGGAAUAUUGUUAUAGAAGAAAGAUUAGAUGAAGAUAUAAAAGAGUCACCAGAACAAAUACCAACGCAUAAUGUUGAUAUCGAAGAGUAUGAAGGUGACGAAAUGACAUCCAUAGAAGAUACCGUAAAAGGAACAAUAGAAAUGCCAGACGAAACAAUACCAAUUAUAUCACUGCAUAAUAACGUUCAAAUCGAAGAAGUAAUUGAAGAGGAACAGGAUAUAAUAGAUCAAAACAAAAUGCCCAAACCUAUAACACAAACGCCAUCCAAAAACUACGACGACAAUAGAAUCAAAGUGAUUCCAGAAAAUAAAGAAUUUACAGAAGCAGAAAUAAACACAAAUAAGAUAAAAACCGUUAAAACUAUCAAACGUAUUAUUAAAAAUAAGACAGGACAAAUAGAACAAGUAGUCGAAACCACUCAGGAAGAUAAAAAAGAAGAUACUGAACCGAGUGAAACUUACGAACUUCCAGAAGAAAUAACAGUAGAAGAAGUUGAGACUCCAGAAGGUAAGCCCAAACAGAAAAAGGUAACAAAACGCACUAUCAAAAAGAAAGUAGGGUCUAAAGUUGAAACUACACAAAUCACGACUGAACAAGAAGAAGACAAACAACCAACCGUUACAGUACACACCACGGAGGAAAUUCUAGAUGACAACACAAAACCGUUAGAGCAAACACUGUUGCUAUAUGAUAAAGCCAAACUAGUCGAAGAAGUUCCAGAAAGAGUUGAAAUUUCUCAAGAACAAACCGAAACGGGGGAAGUCAAAACCGUGAAAACUACAAAGCGCGUCAUUAAGAGAAAGAAAGGACCAAAAGAACAAAUAACGGAAAUAACAACGGUUGAAAAAGAAGGCGAUAUACCAAUCACCAAGGUACAAGAUAUAGAAAAAGACAUAACUGCGAUAGAAACAAUCGUACUUCCCAAAGAAACAACAAUCGAAGAAGACGAUAUCGUUGAAGGUAAGCCUAAACAAAAAAAGGUUACAAAACGGAUUAUUAAAAAGAAAACCGACUCAAAGACUGAAACAAUACAAACUACGACUGAACAAGAAGAUGAGCAAAAACCAAUCAUAACAGUCAACACGACUCAAGAAAUUCUAGAUGACACUACUACACUACCUCUUGAAGAGGCACCAGAAAAUAUCGAAACUACUCCAGAUAGAGAUGACACAGGAGAAGUCAAAACUGUGAAAAUGACAAAGCGCGUUAUAAAGAAAACAAAAGGAUCUCAAAAACAAGUAGAUGAAAUCACUCAUGAAAAGAAAGAAGACGAAGCACCAAUCAAGACAGUGCAAGUGGUAGAAGAAACAACCCCGAUUGAAACAAUCGAACUUCCAGAAGAAAUUAUUGUAGAGAAUGUUGAGACCACUGAAGGUAAGCCCAAACAGAAAAAGGUAACAAAACGCAUUAUCAAAAAGAAAGUAGGACCUAAAAUUGAAACUACACAAAUCACGACUGAACAAGAAGAUGACAAACAACCUAUCAUUACAGUGCACACCACAGAAGAAAUUCUUGAUGACACAGCAAUACCAUUUGAACAAACACCACUCCAACACGAUGAAGCCAAAGUAGUUGAAGAGGUCCCGGAAAAGGUCGAGAUAACUCGAGUGAGUACCGACACAGGGGAAGUAAAAACUGUGAAAACUACCAAACGCGUCAUUAAGAAGAAAAAGGGAACUAAAGAACAAGUUACCGAAAUCACCACUGUAGAGAAGGAAGACGAAGCGCCUAUCACCACGGUGCAAGUUGUAGAAGAAGACACAACUCCGAUCGAAACAGUUGAACUUCCAGAAGAAAUAACGAUAGAAGAAGUUGAGACUCCAGAAGGUAAGCCCAAACAGAAAAAGGUAACAAAACGCAUUAUCAAAAAGAAAGUAGGGCCUAAAGUUGAAACUACACAAAUCACGACUGAACAAGAAGACGACAAACAACCUAUCAUUACAGUGCACACCACUGAAGAAAUUCUUGAUAACACUGCAACACCAUUUGAACAAACACCACUCCAACUCGAUGAAGCCAAAGUAGUUGAAGAGGUCCCGGAACGAGUCGAAAUCACUCGAUUACGAACCGACACAGGAGAAGUCAAAACUGUGAAAACUACCAAACGCGUCAUUAAGAAAAAGAAAGGAUCUAAAGAACAAGUUACCGAAAUCACCACUGUAGAGCAGGAAGACGAAGCGCCUAUCACCACGGUGCGAGUUGUAGAAGAAGACACAACUCCGAUAGAAACAGUUGAACUUCCCGAAGAAAUAACGGUAGAAGAAGUUGAGACUACUGAAGGUAAGCCCAAACAGAAAAAGGUAACAAAACGCAUUAUCAAAAAGAAAGUAGGGCCUAAAGUUGAAACUACACAAAUCACGACUGAACAAGAAGACGAAAAACAACCGAUCAUUACAGUGCACACAACCGAAGAAAUUCUUGAAGACAAUGAACAAACACCAGUCCAACACGAUGAAGCCAAAUUAGUUGAAGAGGUCCCGGAAAAAGUCGAAAUUACUCAAGUACAAAUGGAAACAGGGGAAUUGAAAACUGUGAAAACUACCAAACGCGUCAUUAAGAAAAAGAAAGGACCUAAAGAACAAGUUACCGAAAUCACCACUGUAGAACAGGAAGACGAAGCGCCUAUCACCACGGUGCAAGUUAUAGAAGAAGACACAACUCCGAUCGAAACAGUUGAACUUCCCGAAGAAAUAACAGUAGAAGAAGUUGAGACUCCUGAAGGUAAGCCCAAACAGAAAAAGGUAACAAAACGCAUUAUCAAAAAGAAAGUAGGGCCUAAAGUUGAAACCACACAAAUCACAACUGAACAAGAAGACGAUAAACAACCAAUCAUUACAGUGCACACCACCGAAGAAAUUCUUGAUGACACUGCAACACCAUUUGAACAAACACCACUUCAACACGAUAAAGCCAAAGUAGUUGAAGAGGCCCCGGAAAAAGUCGAAAUCACACAAGUACGAACCGACACAGGGGAAGUCAAAACUGUGAAAACUACCAAACGCGUCAUUAAGAAAAAGAAGGGACCUAAAGAACAAGUUACCGAAAUCACCACUGUAGAGAAAGAAGACGAAGCGCCCAUCAUUACGGUGCAAAUUGUAGAAGAAGACACAACUCCGAUCAAAACAGUUGAACUUCCGGAAGAAAUAACGGUAGAAGAAAUUGAGACUCCUGAAGGUAAGCCCAAACAGAAAAAGGUAACAAAACGCAUUAUCAAAAAGAAAGUAGGCCCCAAAGUUGAAACCACACAAAUCAAAACUGAACAAGAAGACGAUAAACAACCAAUCAUUACAGUGCACACCACCGAAGAAAUUCUUGAUGACACUGCAACACCAUUUGAACAAACACCACUCCAACACGAUAAAGCCAAAGUAGUUGAAGAGGCCCCGGAAAAAGUCGAAAUCACUCAAGUACGAACCGACACGGGAGAACUCCAAACUGUGAAAACUACCAAACGCGUCAUUAAGAAAAAGAAGGGACCUAAAGAACAAGUUACCGAAAUCACCACUGUAGAGAAGGAAAACGAAGCGCCUAUCACCACAGUGCAAGUUGUAGAAGAAGACACAACUCCGAUCGAAACAGUUGAACUUCCCGAAGAAAUAACGGUAGAAGAAGUUGAGACUCCUGAAGGUAAGCCCAAACAGAAAAAAGUAACAAAACGCAUUAUCAAAAAGAAAGUAGGGCCUAAAGUUGAAACUAUACAAAUCACGACUGAACAAGAAGACGACAAACAACCAAUCAUUACAGUGCACACCACCGAAGAAUUUCUUGAUGAUACUGCAUCACCAUUUGAACAAACACCACUCCAACAAAUUGAAGCCAAAGUAGUUGAAGAGGCCCCGGAAAAAGUCGAAAUCACUCAAGUACGAACCGACACAGGGGAAGUCAAAACUGUGAAAACUACCAAACGCGUCAUUAAGAAAAAGAAGGGACCUAAAGAACAAGUUACCGAAAUCACCACUGUACAGAAAGAAGACGAAGCGCCUAUCACCACGGUGCAAGUUGUAGAAGAAGACACAAUUCCGAUCGAAACAGUUGAACUUCCAGAAGAAAUAACGGUAGAAGAAAUUGAGACUCCUGAAGGUAAGCCCAUACAGAAAAAGGUAACAAAACGCAUUAUCAAAAAGAAAGUAGGGCCUAAAGUUGAAACAACACAAAUCACAACUGAACAAGAAGACGAUAAACAACCAAUCAUUACAGUGCACACCACCGAAGAAAAUCUUGAUGAUACUGCAACACCUUUUGAACAAAUACCACUCCAACACGAUAAAGCCAAAGUAGUUGAAGAGGCCCCGGAAAAAGUCGUAAUCACUCAAGUACGAACCGACACAGGGGAAGUCAAAACUGUGAAAACUACCAAACGAGUCAUUAAGAAAAAGAAGGGACCUAAAGAACAAGUUACCGAAAUCACCACUGUAGAGAAGGAAGACGAAGCGCCUAUCACCACGGUGCAAGUUGUAGAAGAAGACACAACUCCGAUCGAAACAGUUGAACUUCCAGAAGAAAUAACGGUAGAAGACGUAGAGACUCCUGCAGGUAAGCCCAAACAAAAAAAGGUAACAAAACGUAUUAUCAAAAAGAAAGUAGGGCCUAAAGUUGAAACCACACAAAUCACGACUGAACAAGAAGACGACAAACAACCAAUCAUUACAGUGCACACCACAGAAGAAAUUCUUGAUGACACUGCAUCACUAUUUGAACAAACACCACUCCAACAAGAGGAAGCCAAAAUUGUUGAAGAGGCCCCUGAAAAAGUCGAAAUCACACAAGUACGAACCGACACAGGUGAAGUCAAAACUGUGAAAACUACCAAACGCGUCAUUAAGAAAAAGAAAGGACCUAAAGAACAAGUUACCGAAAUUACCACUGUAGAGAAGGAAGACGAAGCGCCUAUCACCUCGGUGCAAGUUGUAGAAGAAGACACAACUCCGAUGGAAACAGUUGAACUUCCAGAAGAAAUAACGAUUGAAGAAGUUGAGACUCCUGAAGGUAAGCCCAAACAGAAAAAGGUAACAAAACGCAUUAUCAAAAAGAAAGUAGGGCCUAAAGUUGAAACGACACAAAUCACGACUGAACAAGAAGACGACAAACAACCAAUCAUUACAGUGCACACCACAGAAGAAUUUCUUAAUGAUACUGCAUCACCAUUUGAACAAACACCACUCCAACACGAUAAAGCCAAAGUAGUUGAAGAGGCCCCGGAAAAAGUCGAAAUCACUCAAGUACGAACCGACACCGGGGAAGUCAAAACUGUGAAAACUACCAAACGCGUCAUUAAGAAAAAGAAGGGACCUAAAGAACAAGUUACCGAAAUCACCACUGUAGAGAAGGAAGACGAAGCGCCUAUCACCACGGUGCAAGUUGUAGAAGAAGACACAACUCCGAUCGAAACAGUUGAACUUCCAGAAGAAAUAACGGUAGAAGAAGUUGAGACUCCUGAAGGUAAGCCCAUACAGAAAAAGGUAACAAAACGCAUUAUCAAAAAGAAAGUAGGGCCUAAAGUUGAAACAACACAAAUCACAACUGAACAAGAAGACGAUAAACAACCAAUCAUUACAGUGCACACCACCGAAGAAAAUCUUGAUGACACUGCAACACCAUUUGAACAAACACCACUCCAACACGAUGAAGCCAAAAUAGUUGAAGAGUCCCCUGAAAAAGUCGAAAUUACUCAAGUAAAAACCGACACAGGGGAAGUAAAAACCGUGAAAACUACCAAACGCAUCAUUAAGAACAAGAAGGGACCUAAAGAACAGGUUACCGAAAUCACCACUGUAGAGAAGGAAGACGAAGCGCCUAUCACCACGGUGCAAGUUGUAGAAGAAGACACAACUCCGAUCGAAACAAUUGAACUUCCAGAAGAAAUAACGUUAGAAGAAAUUGAGACUCCUGAAGGUAAGCACAAACAGAAAAAGGUAACAAAACGCAUUAUCAAAAAGAAAGUAGGCCCCAAAGUUGAAACCACACAAAUCAAAACUGAACAAGAAGACGAUAAACAACCAAUCAUUACAGUGCACACCACCGAAGAAAUUCUUGAUGACACUGCAACACCAUUUGAACAAACACCACUCCAACACGAUGAAGCCAAAAUAGUUGAAGAGGCCCUUACAAAAGUCGAAAUUACUCAAGUAAGAACUGACACAGGGGAAGAAAAAACCGUGAAAACUACCAAACGCAUCAUUAAGAAAAAGAAGGGACAUAAAGAACAAGUUACCGAAAUCACAACGGUCGAGAAGGAAGACGAAGCGCCUAUCACCACGGUGCAAGUUAUAGAAGAAGACACAACUCCGAUCGAAACAGUUGAACUUCCAGAACAAAUAACGGUAGAAGAAGUUGAGACUCCUGAAGGUAAGCCCAAACAGAAAAAGGUAACAAAACGCAUUAUCAAAAAGAAAGUAGGCCCCAAAGUUGAAACUACACAAAUCACGACAGAACAAGAAGACGACAAACAACCAAUCAUUACAGUACACACCACAGAAGAAAUUCUUGAUGACACUGCAAUUCCAUUCGAACAAACACCACUACAACACGAUGGAGCCAAAGUAGUUGAAGAGGCCCCUGAAAAAGUCGAAAUUACUCAAGUAAGAUCUGACACAGGGGAAGUAAAAACCGUGAAAUCUACCAAACGCAUCAUUAAGAAAAAGAAAGGACCUAAAGAACAAGUUACCGAAAUCACCACUGUCGAGAAGGAAGACGAAGCGCCUAUCACCACGGUGCAAGUUAUAGAAGAAGAUACAACUCCGAUCGAAACAGUUGAACUUCCAGAAGAAAUAACUGUAGAAGAAGUUGAGACUCCUGAAGGUAAGCCCAAACAGAAAAAGGUAACAAAACGCAUUAUCAAAAAGAAAGUAGGGCCUAAAGUUGAAACCACACAAAUCACAACUGAACAAGAAGACGAUAAACAACCAAUCAUUACAGUGCACACCACCGAAGAAAUUCUUGAUGACACUGCAACACCAUUUGAACAAACACCACUCCAACACGAUAAAGCCAAAGUAGUUGAAGAGGCCCCGGAAAAAGUCGAAAUCACUCAAGUGAGAACCGACACAGGUGAGGUCAAAACUGUGAAAACUACCAAACGAGUCAUUAAGAAAAAGAAAGGACCUAAAGAACAAGUUACCGAAAUCACCACGGUCGAGAAGGAAGACGAAGCGCCUAUCACCACGGUGCAAGUUGUAGAAGAAGACACAACUCCGAUCGAAACAGUUGAACUUCCAGAAGAAAUAACAGUGGAAGAAAUUGCGACUCCUGAAGGUAAGCCCAAACAGAAAAAGGUAACAAAACGCAUUAUCAAAAAGAAAGUAGGCCCCAAAGUUGAAACUACACAAAUCACGACAGAACAAGAAGACGACAAACAACCAAUCAUUACAGUACACACCACAGAAGAAAUUCUUGAUGACACUGCAAUUCCAUUCGAACAAACACCACUACAACACGAUGGAGCCAAAGUAGUUGAAGAGGCCCCUGAAAAAGUCGAAAUUACUCAAGUAAGAUCUGACACAGGGGAAGUAAAAACCGUGAAAUCUACCAAACGCAUCAUUAAGAAAAAGAAAGGACCUAAAGAACAAGUUACCGAAAUCACCACUGUCGAGAAGGAAGACGAAGCGCCUAUCACCACGGUGCAAGUUAUAGAAGAAGAUACAACUCCGAUCGAAACAGUUGAACUUCCAGAAGAAAUAACUGUAGAAGAAGUUGAGACUCCUGAAGGUAAGCCCAAACAGAAAAAGGUAACAAAACGCAUUAUCAAAAAGAAAGUAGGGCCUAAAGUUGAAACCACACAAAUCACAACUGAACAAGAAGACGAUAAACAACCAAUCAUUACAGUGCACACCACCGAAGAAAUUCUUGAUGACACUGCAACACCAUUUGAACAAACACCACUCCAACACGAUAAAGCCAAAGUAGUUGAAGAGGCCCCGGAAAAAGUCGAAAUCACUCAAGUACGAACCGACACAGGGGAAGUCAAAACUGUGAAAACUAUAAAACGCGUCAUUAAGAAAACGAAGGGACCUAAAGAACAAGUUACCGAAAUCACCACUGUGGAGAAGGAAGACGAAGCGCCAAUCACCACGGUGCAAGUUAUAGAAGAAGACACAACUCCGAUCGAAACAGUUGAACUUCCAGAAGAAAUAACUGUAGAAGAAGUUGAGACUCCUGAAGGUAAGCCCAAACAGAAAAAGGUAACAAAACGCAUUAUCAAAAAGAAAGUAGGGCCUAAAGUUGAAACCACACAAAUCACAACUGAACAAGAAGACGAUAAACAACCAAUCAUUACAGUGCACACCACCGAAGAAAUUCUUGAUGACACUGCAACACCAUUUGAACAAACACCACUUCAACACGAUAAAGCCAAAGUAGUUGAAGAGGCCCCGGAAAAAGUCGAAAUCACACAAGUACGAACCGACACAGGGGAAGUCAAAACUGUGAAAACUACCAAACGAGUCAUUAAGAAAAAGAAGGGACCUAAAGAACAAGUUACCGAAAUCACGACUGUCGAGAAGGAAGACGAAGCGCCUAUCACCACGGUGCAAGUUGUAGAAGAAGACACAACUCCGAUCGAAAUAAUCGAACUUCCAGAAGAAAUAACGGUAGAAGAAGUUGAGACUCCUGAAGGUAAGCCCAAACAGAAAAAGGUAACAAAACGCAUUAUCAAAAAGAAAGUAGGGCCUAAAGUGAAAACUACACAAAUCACAACUGAACAAGAAGACGAUAAACAACCAAUCAUUACAGUGAACACCACCGAAGAAAUUCUUGAUGACACUGCAAUACUUUUUGAACAAACUCCACUCCAACACGAUAAAGCCAAAGUAGUUGAAGAGGCCCCGGAAAAAGUCGAAAUCACUCAAGUACGAACCGACACAGGGGAAGUCAAAACUGUGAAAACUACCAAACGCGUCAUUAAGAAAAAGAAGGGACCUAAAGAACAAGUUACCGAAAUCACCACUGUAGAGAAGGAAGGCGAAGCGCCUAUCACCACGGUACAAAUUGUAGAAGAAGACACGACUCCAAUCGAAACGGUUGAACUUCCAGAAGAAAUAACGGUAGAAGAAGUAGAGACUCCUGCAGGUAAGCCCAAACAGAAAAAGGUAACAAAACGCAUUAUCAAAAAGAAAGUAGGGCCUAAAGUGGAAACUACACAAAUCACGACAGAACAAGAAGACGACAAACAACCAAUCAUUACAGUACACACCACAGAAGAAAUUCUUGAUGACACUGCAACACCAUUUGAACAAACACCACUCCAACACUUUGAAGCCAAAAUAGUUGAAGAGGCCCCUGAAAAUGUCGAAAUUACUCAAGUGAGAACUGACACAGGGGAAGUAAAAACCGUAAAAACUACCAAACGCAUCAUUAAGAAAAAGAAAGGACCUAAAGAACAAGUUACCGAAAUCACCACGGUCGAGAAGGAAGACGAAGCGCCUAUCAUCACGGUGCAAGUUGUAGAAGAUGACACAACUCCGAUCGAAACAGUUGAACUUCCAGAAGAAAUAACAGUGGAAGAAAUUGCGACUCCUGAAGGUAAGCCCAAACAGAAAAAGGUAACAAAACGCAUUAUCAAAAAGAAAGUAGGGCCUAAAGUUGAAACCACACAAAUCACAACUGAACAAGAAGACGAUAAACAACCAAUCAUUACAGUGCACACCACCGAAGAAAUUCUUGAUGACACUGCAACACCAUUUGAACAAACACCACUCCAACACGAUAAAGCCAAAGUAGUUGAAGAGGCCCCGGAAAAAGUCGAAAUUACACAAGUACGAACCGACACAGGGGAAGUCAAAACUGUGAAAACUACCAAACGCGUCAUUAGGAAAAAGAAGGGACCUAAAGAACAAGUUACCGAAAUCACCACUGUCGAGAAGGAAGACGAAGCGCCUAUCACCACGGUGCAAGUUAAGGAAGACGAAGCGCCUAUCACCACGGUGCAAGUUGUAGAAGAAGACACAACUCCGAUAGAAACAGUUGAACUUCCAGAAGAAAUAACGGUAGAAGAAGUUGAGACUCCUGAAGGUAAGCCCAAACAGAAAAAGGUAACAAAACGCAUUAUCAAAAAGAAAGAAGGGCCUAAAGUUGAAACUACACAAAUCACGACAGAACAAGAAGACGACAAACAACCAAUCAUUACAGUACACACCACAGAAGAAAUUCUUGAUGACACUGCAACACCAUUUGAACAAACACCACUCCAACACGAUAAAGCCAAAGUAGUUGAAGAGGCCCCGGAAAAAGUCGAAAUCACUCAAGUGAGAACUGACACAGGUGAGGUCAAAACUGUGAAAACUACCAAACGAGUCAUUAAGAAAAAGAAAGGACCUAAAGAACAAGUUACCGAAAUCACCACGGUCGAGAAGGAAGACGAAGCGCCUAUCACCACGGUGCAAGUUGUAGAAGAAGACACAACUCCGAUCGAAACAGUUGAACUUCCAGAAGAAAUAACGGUAGAAGAAGUUGAGACUCCUGAAGGUAAGCCCAAACAGAAAAAGGUAACAAAACGCAUUAUCAAAAAGAAAGUAGGGCCUAAAGUUGAAACUACACAAAUCACGACAGAACAAGAAGACGACAAACAACCAAUCAUUACAGUACAAACCACAGAAGAAAUUCUUGAUGACACGGCAACACCAUUUGAACAAACACCACUCCAACACGAUAAAGCCAAAGUAGUUGAAGAGGCCCCGGAAAAAGUCGAAAUCACUCAAGUGAGAACCGACACAGGUGAGGUCAAAACUGUGAAAACUACCAAACGAGUCAUUAAGAAAAAGAAAGGACCUAAAGAACAAGUUACCGAAAUCACCACGAUCGAGAAGGAAGACGAAGCGCCUAUCACCACGGUGCAAGUUGUAGAAGAAGACACAACUCCGAUCGAAACAGUUGAACUUCCAGAAGAAAUAACAGUGGAAGAAAUUGCGACUCCUGAAGGUAAGCCCAAACAGAAAAAGGUAACAAAACGCAUUAUCAAAAAGAAAGUAGGCCCCAAAGUUGAAACUACACAAAUCACGACAGAACAAGAAGACGACAAACAACCAAUCAUUACAGUACACACCACAGAAGAAAUUCUUGAUGACACUGCAAUACCAUUCGAACAAACACAACUCCAACACGAUGAAGCCAAAGUAGUUGAAGAGGCCCCUGAAAUAGUCGAAGUUACUCAAGUAAGAUCUGACACAGGGGAGGUAAAAACCGUGAAAACUACCAAACGCAUCAUUAAGAAAAAGAAAGGACCUAAAGAACAAGUUACCGAAAUCACCACUGUCGAGAAGGAAGACGAAGCGCCUAUCACCACGGUGCAAGUUGUAGAAGAAGACACAAGUCCGAUCGAAACAGUUGAACUUCCAGAACAAAUAACGGUAGAAGAAGUUGAGACUCCUGAAGGUAAGCCCAAACAGAAAAAGGUAACAAAACGCAUUAUCAAAAAGAAAGUAGGCCCCAAAGUUGAAACUACACAAAUCACGACAGAACAAGAAGACGACAAACAACCAAUCAUUACAGUACACACCACAGAAGAAAUUCUUGAUGACACUGCAACGCCAUUUGAACAAACACCACUCCAACACGAUAAAGCUAUAAUAGUUGAAGAGGCCCCGGAAAAAGUCGAAAUCACUCAAGUAAGAACAGACACAGGGGAAGUCAAAACUGUGAAAACUACCAAACGCGUCAUUAAGAAAAAGAAGGGACCUAAAGAACAAGUUACCGAAAUCACCACUGUAGAGAAGGAAGACGAAGCGCCUUUCACCACGGUGCAAGUUGUAGAAGAAGACACAACUCCGAUCGAAACAGUUGAACUUCCAGAAGAAAUAACAGUGGAAGAAAUUGCGACUCCUGAAGGUGAAGUCAAAACUGUGAAAACAACCAAACGCGUCAUUAAGAAAAAGAAGGGACCUAAAGAACAAGUUACCGAAAUUACUACUGUAGAGAAAGAAGACGAAGCGCCUAUCACCACGGUGCAAGUUGUAGAAGAAGACACAACUCCGAUCGAAACAGUUGAACUUCCAGAAGAAAUAACAGUGGAAGAAAUUGCGACUCCUGAAGGUAAGCCAAAACAGAAAAAGAUAUCAAAACGCAUUAUCAAAAAGAAAGUAGGGCCUAAAGUGGAAACUACACAAAUCACGACUGAACAAGAAGACGACAAACAACCAAUCAUUACAGUAUACACCACAGAAGAAAUACUUGACGACACUGCAACACCAUUUACACAAACUCCAAUCCAACAAGAGGAAGCCAAAGUAGUUGAAGAGGCCCCUGAAAAAGUCGAAAUCACUCAAGUGAGAACCGACACAGGUGAAGUCAAAACUGUGAAAACUACCAAACGCGUCAUUAAGAAAAAGAAGGGACCUAAAGAACAAGUUACCGAAAUUACCACUGUAGAGAAGGAAGACGAAGCGCCUAUCACCUCGGUGCAAGUUGUAGAACAAGACACAACUCCGAUGGAAACAGUUGAACUUCCAGAAGAAAUAACGAUAGAAGAAGUUGAGACUCCUGAAGGUAAGCCCAAACAGAAAAAGGUAACAAAACGCAUUAUCAAAAAGAAAGUAGGGCCUAAAGUUGAAACUACACAAAUCACGACUGAACAAGAAGACGACAAACAACCAAUCAUUACAGUACAUACCACAGAAGAAAUACUUGACGACACUGCAACACCAUUUACACAAACACCACUCCAACAAAUUGAAGCCAAAGUAGUUGAAGAGGCCCCUGAAAAAGUCGAAAUCACUCAAGUGAGAACCGACACUGGUGAAGUCAAAACUGUGAAAACAACCAAACGCGUCAUUAAGAAAAAGAAGGGACCUAAAGAACAAGUUACUGAAAUUACCACUGUAGAGAAGGAAGACGAAGCGCCUAUCACCACGGUGCAAGUUGUAGAAGAAGACAUGACUCCGAUUGAAACAGUUGAACUUCCAGAAGAAAUAACGGUAGAAGAAGUUGAAACUCCUGAAGGUAAGCCCAAACAGAAAAAGGUAACAAAACGCAUUAUCAAAAAGAAAGUAGGGCCUAAAGUUGAAACUACACAAAUCACGACUGAACAAGAAGACGACAAACAACCAAUCAUUACAGUACACACCACAGAAGAAAUACUUGACGACACUGCAACACCAUUUACACAAACACCACUCCAACAAAUUGAAGCCAAAGUAGUUGAAGAGGCCCCUGAAAAAGUCGAAAUCACUCAAGUGAGAACCGACACUGGUGAAGUCAAAACUGUGAAAACAACCAAACGCGUCAUUAAGAAAAAGAAGGGACCUAUAGAACAAGUUACGGAAAUUACCACUGUAGAGAAGGAAGACGAAGCGCCUAUCACCACGGUGCAAGUUAAGGAAGACGAAGCGCCUAUCACCUCGGUGCAAGUUGUAGAAGAAGACACAACUCCGAUGGAAACAGUUGAACUUCCAGAAGAAAUAACGAUAGAAGAAGUUGAGACUCCUGAAGGUAAGCCCAAACAGAAAAAGGUAACAAAACGCAUUAUCAAAAAGAAAGUAGGGCCUAAAGUUGAAACUACACAAAUCACGACUGAACAAGAAGACGACAAACAACCAAUCAUUACAGUACACACCACAGAAGAAAUACUUGACGACACUGCAACACCAUUUACACAAACACCACUCCAACAAAUUGAAGCCAAAGUAGUUGAAGAGGCCCCUGAAAAAGUCGAAAUCACUCAAGUGAGAACCGACACAGGUGAAGUCAAAACUGUGAAAACAACCAAACGCGUCAUUAAGAAAAAGAAGGGACCUAUAGAACAAGUUACGGAAAUUACCACUGUAGAGAAGGAAGACGAAGCGCCUAUCACCACGGUGCAAGUUGUAGAAGAAGACACGACUCCGAUCGAAACAUUUGAACUUCCAGAAGAAAUAACGGUAGAAGAAGUUGAGACUCCUGAAGGUAAGCCCAAACAGAAAAAGGUAACAAAACGCAUUAUCAAAAAGAAAGUAGGGCCUAAAGUUGAAACUACACAAAUCACGACUGAACAAGAAGACGAUAAACAACCAAUCAUUACAGUACACACCACAGAAGAAAUACUUGACGACACUGCAACACCAUUUGAACAAACACCACUCCAACAAAUUGAAGCCAAAGUAGUUGAAGAGGUCCCUGAAAACGUCGAAAUCACUCAAGUGAGAACCGACACAGGUGAAGUCAAAACUGUGAAAACUACCAAACGCGUCAUUAAGAAAAAGAAGGGACCUAAAGAACAAGUUACCGAAAUUACCACUGUAGAGAAGGAAGACGAAGCGCCUAUCACCUCGGUGCAAGUUGUAGAACAAGACACAACUCCGAUGGAAACAGUUGAACUUCCAGAAGAAAUAACGAUAGAAGAAGUUGAGACUCCUGAAGGUAAGCCCAAACAGAAAAAGGUAACAAAACGCAUUAUCAAAAAGAAAGUAGGGCCUAAAGUUGAAACUACACAAAUCACGACUGAACAAGAAGACGACAAACAACCAAUCAUUACAGUACACACCACAGAAGAAAUACUUGACGACACUGCAACACCAUUUACACAAACACCACUCCAACAAAUUGAAGCCAAAGUAGUUGAAGAGGCCCCUGAAAAAGUCGAAAUCACUCAAGUGAGAACCGACACUGGUGAAGUCAAAACUGUGAAAACAACCAAACGCGUCAUUAAGAAAAAGAAGGGACCUAAAGAACAAGUUACCGAAAUUACCACUGUAGAGAAGGAAGACGAAGCGCCUAUCACCACGGUGCAAGUUGUAGAAGAAGACACGACUCCGAUCGAAACAUUUGAACUUCCAGAAGAAAUAACGGUAGAAGAAGUUGAGAGUCCUGAAGGUAAGCCCAAACAGAAAAAGGUAACAAAACGCAUUAUAAAAAAGAAAGUAGGGCCUAAAGUUGAAACUACACAAAUCACGACUGAACAAGAAGACGACAAACAACCAAUCAUUACAGUACACACCACAGAAGAAAUACUUGACGACACUGCAACACUAUUUACACAAACACCACUCCAACAAAUUGAAGCCAAAGUAGUUGAAGAGGCCCCUGAAAAAGUCGAAAUCACUCAAGUGAGAACCGACACAGGUGAAGUCAAAACUGUGAAAACAACCAAACGCGUCAUUAAGAAAAAGAAGGGACCUAAAGAACAAGUUACCGAAAUUACCACUGUAGAGAAGGAAGACGAAGCGCCUAUCACCUCGGUGCAAGUUGUAGAAGAAGACACAACUCCGAUGGAAACAGUUGAACUUCCAGAAGAAAUAACGAUAGAAGAAGUUGAGACUCCUGAAGGUAAGCCCAAACAGAAAAAGGUAACAAAACGCAUUAUCAAAAAGAAAGUAGGGCCUAAAGUUGAAACUACACAAAUCACGACAGAACAAGAAGACGACAAACAACCAAUCAUUACAGUACACACCACAGAAGAAAUACUUGACGACACUGCAACACCAUUUACACAAACACCACUCCAACAAAUUGAAGCCAAAGUAGUUGAAGAGGCCCCUGAAAAAGUCGAAAUCACUCAAGUGAGAACCGACACAGGUGAAGUCAAAACUGUGAAAACAACCAAACGCGUCAUUAAGAAAAAGAAGGGACCUAAAGAACAAGUUACCGAAAUUACCACUGUAGAGAAGGAAGACGAAGCGCCUAUCACCACGGUGCAAGUUGUAGAAGAAGACACGACUCCGAUCGAAACAUUUGAACUUCCAGAAGAAAUAACAGUAGAAGAAGUUGAGACUCCUGAAGGUAAGCCCAAACAGAAAAAGGUAACAAAACGCAUUAUAAAAAAGAAAGUAGGGCCUAAAGUUGAAACUACACAAAUCACGACUGAACAAGAAGACGACAAACAACCAAUCAUUACAGUACACACCACAGAAGAAAUACUUGACGACACUGCAACACCAUUUACACAAACACCACUCCAACAAAUUGAAGCCAAAGUAGUUGAAGAGGCCCCUGAAAAAGUCGAAAUCACUCAAGUGAGAACCGACACAGGUGAAGUCAAAACUGUGAAAACAACCAAACGCGUCAUUAAGAAAAAGAAGGGACCUAAAGAACAAGUUACCGAAAUUACCACUGUAGAGAAGGAAGACGAAGCGCCUAUCACCACGGUGCAAGUUGUAGAAGAAGACACGACUCCGAUCGAAACAUUUGAACUUCCAGAAGAAAUAACGGUAGAAGAAGUUGAGACUCCUGAAGGUAAGCCCAAACAGAAAAAGGUAACAAAACGCAUUAUCAAAAAGAAAGUAGGGCCUAAAGUUGAAACUACACAAAUCACGACUGAACAAGAAGACGACAAACAACCAAUCAUUACAGUACACACCACAGAAGAAAUACUUGACGACACUGCAACACCAUUUACACAAACACCACUCCAACAAAUUGAAGCCAAAGUAGUUGAAGAGGCCCCUGAAAAAGUCGAAAUCACUCAAGUGAGAACCGACACAGGUGAAGUCAAAACUGUGAAAACAACCAAACGCGUCAUUAAGAAAAAGAAGGGACCUAAAGAACAAGUUACCGAAAUUACCACUGUAGAGAAGGAAGACGAAGCGCCUAUCACCACGGUGCAAGUUGUAGAAGAAGACACGACUCCGAUCGAAACAUUUGAACUUCCAGAAGAAAUAACGGUAGAAGAAGUUGAGACUCCUGAAGGUAAGCCCAAACAGAAAAAGGUAACAAAACGCAUUAUAAAAAAGAAAGUAGGGCCUAAAGUUGAAACUACACAAAUCACGACUGAACAAGAAGACGACAAACAACCAAUCAUUACAGUACACACCACAGAAGAAAUACUUGACGACACUGCAACACCAUUUACACAAACACCACUACAACAAAUUGAAGCCAAAGUAGUUGAAGAGGCCCCUGAAAAAGUCGAAAUCACUCAAGUGAGAACCGACACAGGUGAAGUCAAAACUGUGAAAACAACCAAACGCGUCAUUAAGAAAAAGAAGGGACCUAAAGAACAAGUUACCGAAAUUACCACUGUAGAGAAGGAAGACGAAGCGCCUAUCACCUCGGUGCAAGUUGUAGAAGAAGACACGACUCCGAUGGAAACAGUAGAACUUCCAGAAAAAAUAACGAUAGAAGAAGUUGAGACUCCUGAAGGUGAAGUCAAAACUGUGAAAACAACCAAACGCGUCAUUAAGAAAAAGAAGGGACCUAAAGAACAAGUUACUGAAAUUACCACUGUAGAGAAGGAAGACGAAGCGCCUAUCACCACGGUGCAAGUUGUAGAAGAAGACAUGACUCCGAUUGAAACAGUUGAACUUCCAGAAGAAAUAACGGUAGAAGAAGUUGAGACUCCUGAAGGUAAGCCCAAACAGAAAAAGGUAACAAAACGCAUUAUAAAAAAGAAAGUAGGGCCUAAAGUUGAAACUACACAAAUCACGACUGAACAAGAAGACGACAAACAACCAAUCAUUACAGUACACACCACAGAAGAAAUACUUGACGACACUGCAACACCAUUUACACAAACACCACUCGAACAAAUUGAAGCCAAAGUAGUUGAAGAGGCCCCUGAAAAAGUCGAAAUCACUCAAGUGAGAACCGACACAGGUGAAGUCAAAACUGUGAAAACAACCAAACGCGUCAUUAAGAAAAAGAAGGGACCUAAAGAACAAGUUACCGAAAUUACCACUGUAGAGAAGGAAGACGAAGCGCCUGUCACCACGGUGCAAGUUGUAGAAGAAGACACGAUUCCGAUCGAAACAUUUGAACUUCCAGAAGAAAUAACGGUAGAAGAAGUUGAGACUCCUGAAGGUAAGCCCAAACAGAAAAAGGUAACAAAACGCAUUAUCAAAAAGAAAGUAGGGCCUAAAGUUGAAACUACACAAAUCACGACUGAACAAGAAGACGACAAACAACCAAUCAUUACAGUACACACCACAGAAGAAAUACUUGACGACACUGCAACACCAUUUACACAAACACCACUCCAACAAAUUGAAACCAAAGUAGUUGAAGAGGCCCCUGAAAAAGUCGAAAUCACUCAAGUGAGAACCGACACAGGUGAAGUCAAAACUGUGAAAACAACCAAACGCGUCAUUAAGAAAAAGAAGGGACCUAAAGAACAAGUUACCGAAAUUACCACUGUAGAGAAGGAUGACGAAGCGCCUAUCACCACGGUGCAAGUUGUAGAAGAAGACACGACUCCGAUCGAAACAUUUGAACUUCCAGAAGAAAUAACGGUAGAAGAAGUUGAGACUCCUGAAGGUAAGCCCAAACAGAAAAAGGUAACAAAACGCAUUAUAAAAAAGAAAGUAGGGCCUAAAGUUGAAACUACACAAAUCACGACUGAACAAGAAGACGACAAACAACCAAUCAUUACAGUACACACCACAGAAGAAAUACUUGACGACACUGCAACACCAUUUACACAAACACCAUUCCAACAAAUUGAAGCCAAAGUAGUUGAAGAGGCCCCUGAAAAAGUCGAAAUCACUCAAGUGAGAACCGACACAGGUGCAGUCAAAACUGUGAAAACAACCAAACGCGUCAUUAAGAAAAAGAAGGGACCUAAAGAACAAGUUACCGAAAUUACCACUGUAGAGAAGGAAGAUGAAGCGCCUAUCACCACGGUGCAAGUUGUAGAAGACACAACUCCGAUCGAAACAGUUGAACUUCCAGAAGAAAUAACGGUAGAAGAAGUUGAGACUCCUGAAGGUAAGCCCAAACAGAAAAAGGGAACAAAAUGCAUUAUAAAAAAGAAAGUAGGGCCUAAAGUUGAAACUACACAAAUCACGACUGAACAAGAAGACGACAAACAACCAAUCAAUUCAGUACACACCAUCGAAGAGAUUCUCGAUGACACUGCAACACCAUUACUACACACACAAUAUCCAUUCGAUGUAGCCAAAAUUGUAGAAGAGAUUCCGGAAAAAGUAGAAAUCACUCAAGUACGAUCUGACACAGGGGAAGUCGAAACCGUGAAAACCACCAAGCGUGUUGUGCAGAAAAAGAAAGAACCUAAAGAACAAAUCACCGAUAUCACCACUGUAAAGAAAGAAGACGAAGCGCCAAUCACCACGGUACAUAUUACAGAAGAAGACACUACCCCUAUUGAAACGAUCGAGGUCCCCGAAGAAACAACGGUGGAAGUAGUAGAAACUCCGGAAAGUAAGGCCGUACAAAAAACUGUUACAAAACGCAUUAUCAAAAAGAAAAUAGGCCCUACAGUUAAAACUACACAUAUCACAACUGAACAAGAAGACAACAAACAACCAAUCAUUACAGUACACACCACAGAAGAGAUUCUCGAUGACACUGCAACACCAUUACUACAUACACAAUACUCACUCGAUGUACCCAAAAUUGUAGAAGAGAUUCCGGAAAAAAUUGAAAUCACUCAAGUACGAACUGACACAGGGGAAGUCGACACCGUAAAAACCACAAAGCGUAUUAUUAAGAAAAAGGAAGGACCUAAAGAACAAAUUACCGAAAUCACCACUGUAGAGAAAGAAGACGAAGCGCCAAUCACCACGGUACAUAUUACAGAAGAAGACACUACCUCUAUUGAAACGAUCGAGCUCCCCGAAGAAACAACGGUGGAAGUAGUAGAAACUCCGGAAGAUAUAAAUAGUAUGCCAUCAGCAGAUGUACCAGAUAUAAGUGAAAAGAAAUCUAAAAAGAAAAAAGAAAAACCGAAGAUAAAGGAAGAAGAUGAAGUUGCUCAAGAAAAUGACAUAGAAAUAGCACCCGAUCAUGCAACUUUUAAUAACUUGAAACUUACACCAAUGAAAAUUGAAAAAGUUUCAGUUCAAAUAAGUGAAGCACAACAUGCUCAAAACAUUGAAGGUCCACAAUUCACUAAAUUAAAACUUAAAAAACCAUCUCAAAAACCAAAGCAAGAAACAACAACUGUAACUCUUCCUAAAUUUCAACUAAAAAGUCGAAUACGAUAUAUAAACGAUUGGCCACCGGCAGAACAUAUUCCAAGUAUUUCAUAUUUAGGUAGUGUAAAACAAAAUGGUGAAUUAUCUCGCAAUAUUAAAGAAGCUGCUAAAAUUAAAAAGAAACCAUUAAAAUUAGUACCAAUUUUAGAUCUUGAACAAGUUGAAUUAGAAAAACCAGAGCAAUAUGAAUUCGUCGUUCAAAAACCUGAAUCUAUGGCAGAAACAAUACUUGGAACAUCCGAACAGAAUAACACCGAGCUGUUAAAUGAAAAGAAAAUAAAGGAAAACAAUUUGAGUGACUAUAAUGAUGAUACGUUAAAUAAAAGUAGUGAAAAAAUUGAACCACUAAAAGAGCUGGUCAACGUCCAAGAAAAAGAAAAAGGACCAAUAAUUGAACCAAAGAAAAAAGAGGAAAUCGAUACGAUGGUUCCGAAUUUACAAGUCGCACCCGAAGACACAAGUGUUAAGGAUGAAAAGAAGCCGAAAAAAAGUAAAGAAAAAGAAAAGAAAGAAAAUGCAGAGAUUCCAAAAGAACUACAUCAAAUUCUUACACCUGCGCAAGUGGAAAUCUCUGAAUCAGACAGUGAAAUGCUACCAGAACCAGACGUGAUACAAGAAUCAAAUGUUAUUCAAAAUCUUUCGCCCGAUAAUCAACAAGAAGAUAUACACGCAGAUGUUUUAGAAAAACCAAAAUCUACUGAAGAAAUAUUCAAAACAAUUAAAAAACCAAAAAUUAAAAAGAAACCAAUUCAAAAACCAGAAGGCACACAACAAAAUCGAGAUGAACUGAAAGAUGACAUACAGAAGCCUCAAGUACCUGAAACAUUAAUCGAACCAGUAGAAAAGAUAUCAUAUGAAGAAGAUUCUGAAACAAUACCUGUAAUUAAAGAAAAGAAAAAGACGAAGAAAGCAAUAGAACCGAAGAAGAUAGAACAGGUUGAAGAACCUGAAGAUUUACCGGAACUUGAAAAGAAUCAAGCAGAAACCUCAUUGGUCAUCGAUUUGCCAAAACCGACACAAAAUGAUAUAAAACCUAAAAUGAAACUUACUCCAAUUAAAAUAGAAAGAAAAACAAUCGAAUUAAGUAAACCACAACAUGUAGAAAAUGUUGAAGGCCCACAAUUCUCUAAGCAAAAAUUAAAGAAAACUGUAAUUAAACAAAAGGAAGAUAGUACAUCAGUCACAUUACCGAAAUUUCAACUAAAAAGUAGGAUUAAAUAUGUAAAAGAUUGGCCUCCACAUAUUGUGAAACCUACGAUUACGUUUUUGGGAAGUAUCCGACAAAAUGGUAUUUUAUCUCGAAAUGUUAAGGAAGCAGCUAAAAUAAAAAAGAAAGUGUACAAACAACCCGAUUUGCCUGAAAUUGAAAAAACUGAAUUAGAAAAGCCUUUGUUUGGUUAUGAGGAUAUUGUCGAGAGUAAAAAGCAAGAUGAAGAAAUAAAAGACUCAAAAGACAGCGAAUCUGACGAGCCUGAACAGUUUACUAUCAAACCUAGACGCCCCAGUAUAAAAAAAACAGAAGAAAUUGUUGACGAAGUAACUAUCAAAAAGAAACUUAAACCUGUUAGAAAAGCAUCUGUUACAUUACCAGAAGUGACUGAACCCGAAAAUGUUACCUUUAGACCAAAAUCUACAAAAACUAAAGAAGAUGUGGAACAAGAAUUUAACAUACACUUAGACUCAUAUGCUGAGGAAGAAAUAUCUAUGUCAAGCAAAGUAAAGCUGAAACCACAAAGGCAGCCUACAUUUAAUGAAGAAGCAAAUGAAGCUUCGAUUAAGUUUUAUGAGGAAAAUGAAGGACCUGAUGUAAUCGAAAUCAUUGAAAAUGAUGUCGAUGAUGAAGAUACUAUGAACGUCAUGAUGUCACUUAAAAAACAUAAAACAGAGCAAAAAGUUGACAUUGAAGAAAUAAGCUCAAAUGUAACUUUAUCAAAACCGCAAUUAAGUGAUAAAACUCAAGAAAUAGUGGAUGUAAGUUUCAAAAUUGAUCGCAAGCCUAAGUACAUUGUUGAUGAUCAGGAGGAAGUCUCGUUUGAUAUAAAACCGCACACCGAUCAGUUCACUCAAGAGGAAAUGUCACUCUCGAGUAAAGUUAAGCUUAAGCCUAAGAAAAAGGUAACUUUGGCUGAAGCGGCUGACGAAGCGUCAAUUCAGUUAACUCAGGAGAUCGAGAAUGAUGACGACGCCGAAGAAAUCGUAAUAAGCGAAGCAGAAUCAGAUGAUAAUAUUGAAAUGGUUAUAAAACGUCGUCCUAAAAAGCCAGUUUACGAGGUGAGUGAAUUGGAAGAGCUAAGUGUCGAACUCAAACCAAAGAGAAUAAAUGAUGACACGUACGAAGAAGAGCAACUUACGAUAUCAACUAAGAGGAAGCCCAGGAAACCGUCGGAAGUGCAAGAAGCUGAUGUAUCGAUGAGUAUCUCAAGAGAACAAGAAUUUCCAGAAACUUCAUUCGACGUGCGCAGUGGAGAUACAGUAUUCGCAGUUUAUUCUUAUGUAGCCGAAACAGACGAAGCGAUAAAUCUUGUAGAAGGAGAGCGGCUUUAUAUCCUAGAAACUACGAACCAAGACUGGUGGUUUGUUCGUAAACAUCUAACAGAGGAAAAAGGAUGGGUUCCAGCACAAUAUCUUAUGGACGAAGUAAAUUAUACAUUGUACUUGCAAAAGAAGUUAAACGAGAAAAUUGAUAAGCUCCCUGUGUUUGAAAAACCGGCAUCUGAAGAAAGGGCAAUAGCUCCCAUAUUUGUAGAAAAAUUACGUCCAAAGCAUACCCCAGAUGGCUCAACUGUUCAAUUUGAAUGCCAAGUAGAGGGCUACCCGAGGCCACAAAUUACAUGGUUCAGACAAACUGCAAUUAUAAAACCUUCGCAAGAUUUUCAAAUGUACUAUGAUGAUGACAAUGUAGCAACUUUAGUGAUCCGCGAAGUUUUCCCUGAAGAUGCAGGCACGUUUACUUGUGUAGCUAAAAAUGCAGCAGGAUUUGCAUCCAGUACCACCGAGCUGAUCGUGGAAGCACCUUUGUCCGAUCACGGAUCAGAAAUGACAAUUUUAUCCAGAAAAAGUCUGUCGAGAGAAUCUUCCUUAGCCGACAUCUUAGAGGGUAUUCCUCCUACAUUUUCAAAGCGACCUAAAGCCCAAUACGUUGACGAAGGUUCACAAAUAUUCCUCGAAUGUAGACUUGUAGCUAUACCAGAACCCGACAUUGCAUGGUUCUUUAAAGGAGAAGAAAUAAUCCCUGAUGAAAAUAUAUCUGUAGCAACUGAAUCAGAUAUGCAUAUGUACUGUAGUGUACUUAAAAUAUCAAAUGUUAAAAAAAGUCAAGAAGGGACGUACACAGUUCUAGCCGUCAAUAGAGAAGGUGAAGCUAACUUACCAAUAGUUUUAAAAAUAAAAACUGGUCAAAAGGAGAAACCACAAGUUAUUGAACCUUUGAAGAGUAUGACAAUAAGAGAAGGAGAAAGUGUUGUCCUAACCACACAAGUAGUAGGAAAUCCACAGCCAACAGUACAGUGGUACAAAAAUAAUAAACCUAUUAAAUCACUUACAACAAAAUCUGAUGGAGAAACCCACACUGUUACUAUUAUAAAACCAAAAAAAGGAAAGGACGAUGGUGUUUACACCCUGAAGGCAUCAAAUACAGAAGGGUCUACAGAAACAAGUGCAGUUAUUACAAUAGAAGAACCAACCGAAGAAAAUGCGGAACCACCUCUAUUUAUAAAUAGAUUCCAAGAAAUUACUGUAAAAGAAAAGGGUACUAUCAAACUAACAGCUAAAGUAACUGGAAAUCCUGUUCCAAUUAUUACUUGGUACAGGAAUAAUGAAAUACUUAUUCCUUCCGAAACGGUUACUCAAACAUUUGAUGGGGAAAAUAUAGAAUUAAUCAUUUUUAACGUUGAUUCCGAGAUUGAUUCAGGGGAUUAUAAAUGUGUCGCAUCGAAUAGUGCUGGAAAAGCAUCUCAUGGCGCAAGAGUAACUAUUGACGUAGAUAAGGUAACCUUUGUCAAAAAAUUGAAAAAUACUUAUGAGACUGAAGAAGGUAAAACAGUAGUACUGGAGUGUCAGACUUCUCAUACUGUAUCAACCAAGUGGUAUCAUAAUAAUAAAGAACUCAGCGGUAUGGAUCAUAGAGAAAUCAUACAAGAAGGUCGUACGCAUAAAUUGAGAAUAAAGAAAACAAAACUAACUGAUAUUGGAACCAUAAAAUGCGUAGUGAAAGAUCAAGAAACAAACGCGAAACUUAUUGUCAACGAAACGAUACCAGAAUUUAUACGCAAACUGCAAGACUUUGAAGUUAAGGAACGAGAUAUUGCUAUUUUAGAAGUGGAGAUAUCAUCAGAAACUGCCGAUGUAUUUUGGGAAAAAGAUGGUGUAAAGAUUACACCGAAGAAAAACAAAUACGAACUUGAAAAAAGGGGUAAUAUAAGAAAGCUUCUCAUUCGAAAUACAUCAGUUCACGAUGAAGGAGAAUACACAUGCAUGUUGCGUGAUGAUGUAUGUUCAGCCGAAGUAACUGUAGUCGAAUUACCACCUGAAAUCAUAUCACGACUACAGGACCAAAAUGUCAGUAAAGGAAACAAAGCUACUUUUGAGAUUGAAUUAACAAAAGGUGAUGCUCUAGUUCGAUGGUUCAAAGAUGGAACAGAAAUUCAAUUUUCCAACCAUAUGCAGUUAACAAUUGAUGGAAAGAAACAAAAGUUAAGAAUAUAUGAAUGUCAACUCUCUGACGCCGGAGAAUAUGCUUGUGAAGUAGGUAGUGAUAGAUGUUCAGCAAAACUGACAGUAGAAGAACCAUCAAUAGAAUUCACACUACGCCUUCCAGAGGUAAUUGUGGUCCCAGCGAACACGGACGCCUACUUGACUGUAGAAAUACCUGAUGAAACUUUGGAUGUGACUUGGUACAAAAAGAAAUCUAUCAUAGAAGACACAGAAAAAUUCACAUUAAUAUCAGACGUCAACAAACGAACACUUAUCAUACGAAAAUGCAACGAAGAUGAUCAAACUGAAUAUACAUGUACUUUACUAGAUGCUAAAUGUUCCACCAAGUUAAAGGUUGAAGUUCUAGAAUGCCCUCCAAGAAUAAUACAGAAUGAUAGCGAAUACAGAAUCAAACGAGGAGCCGAUGUUACAUUGGAAAUUUAUUAUGAAGGUAUUCCUCAGCCGAAUGACGAAUGGGUGGUUAAUUCAAAAAUCAUUAAAAAAUCUAAACAUACAAAACCAUCAAUAGACUCAAAAACCGCUAGUUUAAUAAUAAAAAAAGUUGAAAAUACUGACGCGGGCACUUAUAAAUUAAAAUUAGAGAAUAAUUGCGGCGAAGCAGAGGUCGAGAUAAAUGUUAUUGUUUUAGAUAUUUCGUCACCACCUGGAAAGCCCAAUGUUUUAGAAGUUGAUGAACAUUCAGUCAAUCUUUGUUGGGAAGAACCUCUAAAUAAAGGUUUUACAGAUAUAAUAUGUUAUAUUGUAGAAUAUCAAGAAAUAAACACUACUGAGUGGUUAUCUAUUGAAAAUGUUAGAAAAACUCAACACUCCGUAGAAAAUCUGAAAAACAAAACGUCGUACAGGUUCCGAGUUUUUGCAGUGAAUGAAGUGGGUGUUAGUGAAUCCUCUGACGUUACUGAAUAUAUAAAAGUAGAGAAGAUUGUAAAAACCCAAGCACCCACGGUUGAAAAACCUUUGAAGGAUAUUAUCGGCGGACCAAAUGAAGAUGUAGAAUUGAUUUGUAUAUUUGGAGGUAUUCCCCAACCUAAAGUUUCGUGGUCUAAGGAUGGGAAGAAAUUAAAAACUGCUAAGGCAAUAUACGAAAACAGGGUAGCUACUUUAGUGGUUACAGCAACAGAAUCAACUGAAGGAAAAUAUUCCUGCACAGCAACCAAUGAAUUUGGAGAAGCUGAAACAAGUUGCCAAUUAGAAGUACAACUCAAACCUAUAAUAAUUAUUUCUGAAGAGGAAAUCAAUCAAAAACACAGAGUAGGGGAAGAAUGGUCUGUGACUGCUCAUAUUCAAGGCAUUCCUAAACCAGAAAUUGCCUGGUAUAGAAAUGGACUGAAGUUAGAAACGUCUAAAAAUACAGAAAUAAUUAUAGAAAAUGACUACUCUACUAUUAAAAUAUUACAAUUGGAACGCACAGACUCCGGCAAAUAUACUAUUGAAGCUCAAAAUAAAGCUGGAAUAAAUUCUUUGGAAACAUCAUUAAGAGUUUAUGAUAAACCGAGCAAACCGGAGGGUCCAGUAUUAAUGCGGGAGAUAAGUCGUGAAUCUGUGACUAUAGAAUGGAAACCACCGAUCGAUGAUGGUGGAUUGGAGCUAACAAAGUACGCAAUCGAAAAACAUGAACCGGACACAAAUCAAUGGAUAAAGGUAGCAGACGUCGAUAAAGAUGUGGAAACUUACUGCAUACAAAAACUGAACGAAAAUUGCGAAUACAUGUUCCGAGUUAUGGCUCAAAACCCUAUUGGAUUCUCAGAGGCAUUAGAGAGUGAGCCGAUUGUGAUAAAAACAGCUCUGGAUGUUCCAUCACCACCGCUGGGUCCGCUGGGACUUUACGGUAUUAGCAAAGAUUCCUUGACCAUCACAUGGUAUCCUUCAGAGAAAAAUGGUGGAUCUCCAAUUAUCGAUUACAGUAUUGAAAUAAAACAGGAAGGCAAAAAAUGGAAACAUGUAGCAACUGUUACUGAGACUAGGUCAAAGAUAGAAAAGUUAUCAAUAAACACAACGUACCAGUUCAGAAUAUGUGCAAGAAAUGAAAUUGGUACAAGCCUGCCUUAUAUCUCCGACGAGAAAGUUACAAUAGGGAAAACACUAUCACCACCGUCCCAGCCAUUGAACUUUAUCGUAAAAGAGAUGACUUCCAGAUCAGUCACUCUUCAAUGGACUGCACCAGAAAGCGAUGGUGGAAGUGUAAUAACGAAUUAUAUUAUAGAAUACAAGACUGUGAAAGGCAAAUCGUGGACUAAAGCCGUUACAGUGAGCGGUUCUGUCUACGAACAUUGCAUAGAGAACAUAAAAGAGAAAGAAGAAUUAAUAUUCAGAAUAUCCGCUGAAAACUCUAUCGGUAUUAGCUUACCAACCGAAUCCCAGACUGUCCGAUUGGAAAAGCACGCAACUGUACCAUCACCACCAACGGCCCCGCUGGAAAUUCGAACAGUGGGCAACAAUAUCGUCAUGACGUCUUGGGGUACACCCGAAUGGGAUGGUGGUGCACCCCUGCUUGGCUACAACAUCGCCAUACGUGACGUCACCAAAACAAUGUGGAUGGAAGUUGGAAAGGUCGACACGCAUACUCUCAAAUUCAAUAUUCGCGACUUGAGCGAGGAUCACACCUACAUGAUAAGGAUAUACGCUCGCAAUGAAAUCGGACUCAGUGAGCCACUCGAGUCUGACGAGCCCUUCAAAGUGUUACCUGGAGAAGAUUCUCAUGCGGACGAAGAGCCUGGAGAGCACACUGAAGCCACAGAACCAACUUCAUUCAGCACACAGACUACCACCUCCUGGCUCCGAGAUCACAAUAUGGAUGCAGACAUCCGUUCCUAUGCCCGUGGCUCAUUACUGAGGCGUGAUGAAUACUUUUUCAGAAUAUGGCACUACGCUAAACAACUGUUCAAGUGAUGCGAUUAUGCACCCACUAACUUUACCUGUGAUAUUUAACGACAAAAUUAUUUGUUUAUAGUUGGCGGAUAGCUUUAAACAAGUUCUCAAAAAAGAGACAGUGCGUACAACCUUGUGCUCUGUAAUUUUUAUAAUUUUCUAAUUAUGAUUUUUUAUUACUCAGUGUAGGAUUUCAUAUAUUUAUGUUAGUUAAGAGUAAAUUAUUUAUUUAUUUAAUUUAUUACAGUCAAAUCAGAUAAUCAGAUUUAAAUCUCAUUCAAUGUUAAGGGAGACAUUUUAAAUAUAGGUGCAAAAUAUGAAUUCGAUAAAUUGAAUGAGCUUUGAAUAUGAUUAUCAGUUAUCUGAAAAAUGUUUAAGUAAUAAUAAAUUAGAACAUACUAAAAAUAUUA